GUAACAGAUGUAAACGAGUGCGAGGAUGGUUCAGCCUGUGGCGCGGACGCUGAUUGCGUGAACACAGAGGGUAGUUUCGAGUGCAGAUGUCGUGCUGGCUAUCAGAUGGAUUCCACACACGGUUGUGUCGACGUAAACGAGUGCAGUCGGACGGAUGCGUGCGCGGCGAAUGCAAGAUGCAUCAAUGUGCCGGGAUCGUACAAGUGCAUCUGUCCCCAGGGCUUCAUCGGUCAAGGACUAACAUUGUGCGAAAACGUGAACGAAUGCGAGAGAAAUCCUUGCGGCGAAAACGCCGAGUGCAGCGACACGAUCGGCAGCUUCGUAUGCAGUUGCAAGGCGGACUACACUGGGGAUCCUUUUAAGGGAUGCAGCGACAUCGAUGAAUGCACGGCGUUGGAGAAUCCUUGCGGAAGAUACGCGAUUUGCAAGAACACGGAUCCUGGGUACAAUUGCAUCUGUCCGACGGGAUAUAGUGCCAAUCCUAAUCCGACAGUUGCUUGUGAACAGACCGAUGUGACUACACUUUGCAAAUCGAACUUCGACUGCGUGAAUAAUGCCGAGUGCAUAGAAGGACAAUGCUUCUGUAAGAAUGGAUUCAAGGCUGUAGGAGCCGAGUGCGUGGACCUGGACGAGUGUCUUUCGAAUCCUUGCGGACCUGCUUCUAUUUGUAGCAACACCAGAGGAAGUUAUCACUGCGAGUGUGAGUCUGGUUUUGUUGGAACUCCGCCGCACAUACCCUGCAAAGCACCUUGCGACGAAGUAACUUGUGGAGACCAUGCGUACUGCAAGGCAGAUGGUCACGAAGCGUACUGUAUCUGCGAGGAUGGCUGGACCUUCAAUCCAAAUGACAUUGCAGCUGGCUGCGUUGAUAUAAACGAAUGUGACGCUGUAAAUGGCCCUUCGGGUCGUUGUGGAAGAAACGCAAUCUGCACUAACACUCUGGGUGGCUUCAGUUGUCAGUGCAAGCCUGGAUUCGCUGGAAAUGCCUUCAAACAAUGUCUAGACGUAGACGAGUGUACCAGACACGAUGCCUGUGGUCACGGUGCUACCUGCACAAAUACAGAAGGUUCUUACGCCUGUACUUGUCCAGAAGAAACCAUACCGGAUCCUGAUCCUUACAUCAAGUGUGUCGGUAUAGUUACCUGCGAGGUUGACGGAGACUGUCCUGGAAAUGCCAUUUGCGACCCACAGAAACGAUGCCUGUGUCCGGAGCCCAACGUUGGAAAUGACUGUAGACAUCCUUGCGAGGACUUGACUUGCGGACCAAAUGCACAUUGCAUGUUAUCUAACGACGUGGCAACCUGCCUGUGCCGCAGUGGUUACACAGGAAAGCCUGGAGUUAAGGGUGGUUGCAGGGACAUCGACGAGUGCGCGAUCAAUCCGUGUCCUCAGGGUGCAAUUUGCAACAACGAGCCUGGUUCCUUUUCUUGUCAGUGUCCUAGCGGUACCACUGGAGAUCCUUACAGUGGUGGUUGCCAGGAAUCUAAGUCCCCACACGUUUGUGGACCCAGCACCCCGUGUCCAGCUGGGGAACAGUGUAUCAAAGAUGAGUUCGUGGGCAGUAGUGUGUGUAUUUGUCAAAGAGGAUACACUCGUGACCAUGAAACUGGUAAAUGCAGAGACAUCAACGAGUGUAUGGAGCUCAGGGAGAAACCUGCCUGUGGUGUCAAUGCUAUUUGCAAGAAUCUACCUGGGAGUUAUGAAUGUCAGUGUCCACCUGGGUUCAAUGGGAACCCCUUCUCCCUUUGCGAAGAAUGCAACAGCAUCGAAUGUCAGUGUCAGCCUCCCUACAAGAUCGUUAAUGGUAAGUGUAUGUUGGCUGGGUGCUCCAAGGGUGAGAAAUGUCCCAGUGGUGCUGAAUGUAUAACGAUCGCUGGUGGAGUCAGCUAUUGUGCCUGUCCUAAAGGGUACACUACCAAAAUUGAUGGUUCUUGCGAGGAUAUUAACGAAUGCAUCGUUGGGCACCAAGUUUGUGGAUACGGAGCGGAGUGCAUCAAUUUGCCUGGUUCCCAUCAGUGUGUCUGUCCGCAUGGAUAUGGUGGAGACCCAUACAACGGUCUCUGUUCUCCGGCCCAGAAAAGAUGCACAAGUGACAACGAAUGCAAAGCUAACGAGAAGUGUGUGCAACCUGGUGAAUGCGUCUGUCCACCACCGUUUUAUUCAGACCCUCUCGAUGGCAACCUUUGUAAAAAUCCCUGUGAUCGUUUCCCAUGUGGUAUGAACGCGAAGUGUACCCCAAGCGAUCCACCAAGGUGCAUGUGCGAGGCUGGGUACGAGGGAGAUCCUCAACAUGGAUGCGUCGAUGUCAACGAAUGUGCGAACAAUCCCUGUGGACACGGUGCUUACUGCAUCAACACUAAGGGCGACCAUAUCUGCGAGUGUCCAAAGGGAACAGUGGGUGAUCCUUAUGGUGCUGGUUGUACGGGAGUUGCUAUUCCAAAGAACGAGUGCUCUUCCAACGACGACUGUGAUAAUAUUUUCGCUUGUGUAAACGGAAGGUGCGUGAACCCUUGUGAAAACAUACCUUGUGGGCCAAAUGCCUAUUGCGAACCUGACAAGCACGCUGCUUGGUGUCGAUGUGUGAUCGGAUUCGUGGAGGGCAAAAACAACGAAUGUGUUUCUCAAUGCGAUGGCUUCGUAUGCGGCUCUGGAGCACAGUGCAUCGUGAGCUACAGCGGACCAACUUGCAAGUGCAUCGAAGGUUUCAUGGGCAAUCCGUUCCCUGGUGGACAGUGCCAACCGGACGUCUGUUCACCGGAUGUUCCUUGCGCUGAGCCAAGCGUCUGCAUAAGUGGAAGGUGUAAACGCCGCUGCGAAGGGGUAGUCUGUGGUGUGGGUGCUUCUUGCGAUCCGUCUACGAACAAAUGUGUCUGCAAUCCAUACUUCAUUGGAAAUCCUGAUCUUCUCUGUAUGCCACCGAUCAAUCCUGCUGUCUGUGAUCCCGGCUGUGGUUCUAACGCCCACUGCGAGUAUACUCUUCAAGAAUCAAAAUGUGUCUGUAAUCCUGGAACUACUGGAAAUCCGUAUCACGGUUGCGGUAUACAAGACAAGUCUGAUUGUUCCACCGCAUCGUGUGGCAAAGAUGCACACUGCAACGCUGGACCGAAUGCUGUUGAGUGUUUAUGUCCUCCUGGAUACGCAGGGAACCCCUACAUUCAGUGUCAUGACAUCAAUGAAUGCAAUGGAAAUGCUUGUGGAAACAAUGCAGUUUGCAUCAACACCAUCGGGAGCUACGACUGUCGCUGCAAGGAAGGCUUCUUCGGCAACCCGUUCAUCGGUUGUCAGCAAGUCCAAGUGGGCCCCUGCACCGAUCCUUCAACCUGUACCUGCAGCGACACCGUUCCAUGCCCAUUCGACUACAGUUGUGUGGGAGGCAAGUGCAUAAACAAAUGCAGCGACGUGAAAUGUGGUCCCAGAUCGGUUUGUCAAGAUGGUGCCUGCGUUUGCCCACCGGGAUACAGCGGCAAUGCUAACGACCUCACCAAAGGCUGCCAUCUUCACGGCCACUGCUCCAACGACCUGGACUGCGAGCCUCAGCAAAUCUGUUUCCAAGUUGGCAAAGGUGUUCGAAAGUGUGUCGACGCGUGCAGCAAGCUGCAGUGCGGUCCGAACGCAUUGUGCAUCACUCAGAAUCAUGUGUCCUCGUGUCUGUGCAUCGACGGGUACCAGGGUAACCCCAGCAACCUGGUAGAAGGUUGUCAGCCAUCCAAGUCAGUCAUUACACCGGGAUGUCGUCAUGAUUCCGAUUGCCAGGAAGGUUCUUUCUGUAUCGGCAUGGACAGUGGUACUCGCGAGUGCGUGAAUCCAUGCAGCAAAGUGGUUUGCGGUGCCCAUCAGAAGUGCGAGCCGGACAUAAUCCCUGGCCAUGCCACCUGCAAGUGCCAAGAUGGAUACGAGUGGAAUCCGAUAUUGUCCUCCUGCGAGAAACCAUCUGUUCCCGAUUGUAUCUCGGACGAUGACUGCCAUUCGACUGAAGCCUGUAGACCUGACGCUUUGGGUGUGCUAAAGUGUAUCUCUGUGUGCCGUAGUUUUACCUGUGCGAUCAACUCUCAGUGCGUGGCCGAACGACAUCACGGUCGCUGCGAAUGUCUACCAGGCUUCAUCGGUAAUCCAAAUGAUCGUCAGGGUUGUCAGACACCCAGAAAGGAUCAAUGCUCAACCGACAGCGAGUGUCCGGAGGAUCAGACUUGCAGAAGCACAGAGGAAGGACUACUGACCUGUCAACCAGUAUGCAAUUUUGUUACCUGCGGUCCAAACGCUCUCUGCAUAGUUCACAAUCAUGUCGCCAAUUGCGAAUGUCCACCUGGUCUCUAUGCCGGUGAUCCUAACGACGUGGUUAAAGGAUGUCGCACUGUUCCUUGUGUCUACAACAUCGACUGUCCACCUACUCAACUGUGCAACAGGCUAACACACACGUGUUACGAUGCUUGCGACGAAAAUGCCUGCGGAGCAAACGCUGUUUGCAUCGCAGACGACCAUAGAGCUAUCUGCCAAUGCCCACCUGGACUUCGACCUAAUCCUGUGCCAGACGUAGAAUGCGUUGCCAUUGAAGCUUGUCACCCGAAUCCCUGUCACGAGACGGCCAUAUGCGUUCCAGGACCUUCAAAUAAUCCUAUCUGUCAGUGCCCAUCCAAUUUCGUCGGCGAUCCCUAUGGCAAUGGCUGUCAACCUGAAGGCUACUGUGCUAGCGUCAAGGACUGCCCUGUUCAUUCUAUCUGCCACAACCAUCGUUGCGUCAAUCCUUGUGAAGAUGCUUGCGGACCGAAUUCCAUAUGUGAGCUCGUCAAUGGACAACCGACCUGUAAAUGCAUUCACAGAUUCGUUCCAUCUUCGAAGGGACCGCAAGAUGGAUGCGUCCGGGCGAAGAACUAUUGUGCCGUCGAUGCUGAUUGCGAUGAAAGCGUAUGUUUAGAUGGACAGUGUAUAGCUGUCUGCCGAGCGACUGAUGACUGUUCUAUCGGUGAAAAGUGUCUGAACAAUAAGUGCAUGGUUCCUUGCGUCACUCAUAAUCAGUGCCAGAAUGAUCAGGCCUGUGUCAAUGGAGUUUGUAUUCUGGGAUGCAGGAGCAAUAAGAACUGCCCCUCAACUGAGUCCUGUAUCAACAACAAGUGCCAAGAUCCAUGCAAAAGGAAAGACGUUUGCGGUCCAAAUGCAAUCUGCAGUUGCACCAACCAUGCAAUCACCUGCACCUGUCCACUUGGUUUCCACGGAAAUCCCACGCCGCAACAGGGCUGUGUCAGAGUACCAGGCAUCUGCGAUGGUCAUCAAGAUUGCCCCAGCCAGCACGUCUGUGUUUCUGGAUUCUGUCAAUGCCAGUGCAGUGAACAGAACAACUGUGCUGAAGGAGAACGCUGCAAGAACGGUAUCUGCGUUAAGAUAUGCUACAGCGACAGCAAUUGUUUGCCCGGCGAAUUGUGCAUCGACGGAGUGUGCGAAGUGGGCUGCACUUCCGACGUCGGCUGCAAGGACAACGAAGUGUGCAUCAACAACAAAUGCAAAUGCAGUCACGGUUUCGUUGCUGGUCCAGAACGUUGCUUGGAUGUGAACGAGUGCGAGGAUCAACCGUGUCACUCGAGCGCGGAGUGCGUCAAUCUUCAAGGAUCCUAUCGCUGCGUCUGUCCAUUAGGCACUGCCGGUGAUCCUGUGGGAUCUGGCUGUGUGAUACCUCAUCAAUGCACCGUCAAUGCUGAUUGCGCGGAUUCACAAGCAUGCAUCCAGCAUAAUUGCACCGAUCCUUGCUCUCUGGUUGAUUGCGGACCUAACACGGUUUGCUCUGUACUGGAUCACACUGCUGCCUGUCAGUGUCAACCUGGUUACAUCGGCGAUUCCUCUGGGUGCUUCAAGGUGGAAUGCCUUUCCAAUAACGAUUGUUCUACAGAUAAAUAUUGCAACCAGGAUACCAACAAAUGCAGCGGUCCUUGUAAUCAAGUCGAUUGUGGAUACGGUAAUUGCGUAGCCUACGAUCACUCUAGUAAAUGCAAAUGCUAUCCAGGAUUCGUGCUGGCAGAUGAUAUCUGUGUCGACGUUAACGAGUGUUUGAAGAAUCCUUGCCACCCUUCUGCAGUUUGCCAAAAUUCAGAAGGAUCGUACGAAUGCAUUUGUCCACAUGGUCUGGUGGGAGAUCCCUUCAAGUCUGGUUGCAAGCAACCCGGUGAUUGUUUCACGGAUACCGAUUGUCCGAAUUCUGCAGCUUGCGUUGACAACAGGUGCAAGAAUCCUUGCGAUAUUUCGACUACUUGUGGCAAGAGUGCAGAGUGUUUCGUUCAGGAUCAUGUUCCCCUUUGCAAGUGCCCUGGACAGACCACUGGAAAUCCAGCGGUGGAAUGCGUCCACUUGGAGUGCAACUACCACAGUGACUGUAAUCCUUCAGACGCGUGUUACAAUCACAAGUGCGUCGAUCCUUGUUCUCUAUCGAAUGUUUGUGGUCAAGGAGCAGAUUGUUCACCCCUGAAUCACAGUGCUGUCUGUACUUGUCAGCCAGGUGGUACAGGCGAUCCAAACUUAGGUUGUACACCUGUUCAAUACUGUAAGUCGGAUUCUCAGUGUGCAACGGGUUCGGCAUGCAGCGGUGGCAUAUGUACAGCACUCUGUGGCAGUACAAGGGAUUGUAUCGGUGACCAACUUUGCAUCAAUGGUCUCUGCCAACCCACCUGCAAGAGUAAUUCCAGUUGCCCAGAGUAUCAGUACUGUCACAACAACAUCUGCGUACAAGAAUUGCGUUGCACAUCCGACGACGAUUGUUCUUACGACGAAAGGUGCAUCAAAAACAACAUUGGACAAGCAGAAUGCCAGAAAUCUUGCGACUUGGUCCUUUGUGGACGCAACGCUGAGUGCAGAGCCAAUGAUCACCAGGCGGUGUGCUCUUGCAAAGCUGGUUUCUUCGGAAACGCCAAAGACGACAAAAUCGGCUGUCAACCCAUCGAGUGCGAAAGUAACGAUGAUUGCAGCGGAGAGAAAAUCUGUGAUACUCACAAGUGUAGGAUCGCGUGCUUGGCCCACAAUCCUUGCGGCGUUAAUGCUAUUUGCACUGCAGAGAAACACGUUCAGAUCUGCACGUGUCAACCAGGAUACACAGGGGAACCAACGCAUGGCUGUCAAUUGAUCGACUAUUGUUUGAACGAACCAUGUGCUCCCGGAGCUGUGUGUGAGAAUUCCCGAGGAUCCUAUAAGUGUCACUGCCAACAAGGUAUGGUUGGCGACCCGUACAACAGCGGCUGUCAACCACCAGUCGAAUGCCUACACGACGACGACUGUCCAUUAACUGCCAAAUGCAUAAACGUCAACAAUAUACCAAAGUGUUUCGAUGUUUGUUCACGUACACAGUGUGGACCGAACGCAGAUUGCGUUGCCACUAAUCACGCAGCAGCCUGCCAGUGUAGAUCCGACUACGAGGGUGAUCCAAACAAUUUAAGUAUAGGUUGUCGACCGAAACCAGUAAGUUGCUCAUCAGCCACAGAUUGCUCGACCAAUACUUACUGUUACGAAGGAAUCUGUCGACCGUUCUGUCAAUCCGACGAGGAAUGCAAUCUAUCGGACGUGUGCCUGAGUGGACAGUGUUUGGAUCCUUGUAACGUAAGAGCCGCAUGCGGAAUAAACGCGGAAUGCAACGUAAGGAGUCACAUCAAGCAGUGCAGUUGUGCUCCGGGAUUCACUGGGAACUCGGAAGUGGAAUGCGUGAGACUGCCGGUGUCCUGCAAAGAUAGCAACGAUUGCAACGAGGGAAACACCUGUCGCGACAACGUGUGUCUACCGAUCUGCGAUAGCGACACCGAGUGCGCGUUCAACGAGAAAUGCAUCCGUGGCAACUGUCUGCUGACCUGCAGACUCGACAACGAUUGUUUCCUGGGUCACAUAUGUCUAAACAACAUGUGCACCUUCGGUUGUCGCGCUGACGAGGACUGCAACGCUAACGAGGCCUGCAUUACCAACAAGUGCACCAAUCCCUGUGAAGCAACUCCGUGUGGUCCGAACGCAAAGUGCACUGUCUUCAAUCAACGAGCCACUUGUUCGUGUCCUGCGGGUUUCAUUCCUAAUCCAACUGCGAAAGUGGCUUGCCUGAGAUCACCUGGACCUGUCUGCCAGGCGAGCAGGGACUGCUCAACUGGAACAGCUUGUAUCGGAGGUGUCUGCACACCUGUCUGCUCUACGGACUUGAAUUGUCUGAGCAACGAACGCUGCGAUCCCUCUGGCAUCUGUAAAUCCUUGUGCAGGAGGGACGAGGAUUGUAGGAGCGGAGAGAUAUGCGAGGGACUCGUCUGUGUGAUUGGAUGUCGAUCGGACGUAGAAUGCCAGGAAAAUUACGCCUGCCUAAAUAAUCAAUGUCAGGAUCCUUGCUUGCUCUCCGAUGCCUGCGGAGUGAACGCUAAGUGCUCGAUCGUGAAUCAUCGGAAGUUAUGCGUUUGCCCUGCACCGUUGGUUGGCGAUCCGCUAAUUGGAUGCAAACAAGCGUUCCUGCCUUGCAACACGGAACUGGAAUGCGCGACCGGCCAAACUUGUUACGGCAGAUCCUGUUACGCCACCUGCAGAAGCGAUGCUAAUUGCUUGAGCGACGAACGAUGCGACGCUGGAAUUUGCAAGGCUAUCUGCAACAGCGACGAUCAUUGUGCAGCGAAUCAGAUCUGUCAGAAUAGAUUGUGCGAUAUCGGAUGCCGCAGCGACAAUACUUGCCCCAACGACGAGUCCUGCGUGAACAACAAGUGCAGAAAUCCAUGCGAAGGCGGCAAAGCCUGCGGAGAAUGUGCAGGGUGCCGCGUGGUGAACCAUGUAGCACAAUGCAGCUGUCCAGCUAAUUAUUAUGGAAAUGCAUUAAUCAGCUGUUCCAAGUCUAUGAUUCCUUGCGAUAGCUCUUGCGAAUGCGAUGAAAUUGGAUUCUGCACAAAGAGUUGCUCCAGUCAGGACCAAUGUUCCUGUGGAGAAGUUUGUCAUUCUGGAAAAUGUCGCAUCAAGUGUGAUAUCAAUAAUUACUGUCCAAAGGGUUACGUUUGUGACGGAGGACUGUGUCUCGUCGGUUGUCGAACUCAUUCCGACUGCCCCUCGUCUCUAUCCUGUGUGAGUGGCCAGUGCGUGGACCCGUGUUCUGCAAACGGAUCUCCUUGUGGCAUCAAUGCACUCUGUCGCGUUUCCAAUCAUCGUGCAGUGUGUCUGUGUCCAGAAGGUUUCCAGGGAGAGCCAAGUGAAGAAUGUUAUCAAUUGGAGUGUCACCGAGACGACGACUGCGAGGCGAACAAACGUUGCAGCGAGGAUGGAGUUUGUACGAAUCCUUGCCUGCAACACGGUGUUUGCGGUUUCAACGCACAAUGUAGGGUGGUGAAUAGGAAGGCUCAGUGUUCCUGCCCACCUGGACACUAUGGAAACCCUAAGAUCAACUGCAAGAAAGGAGGAGACGAAUGUCUGAGAAGACCUUGCGGCGUGAACGCGAAAUGCAGGGAGACUUUGAACGGAUUCGAGUGCACUUGCGAUCCUGGAUGUCACGGUGAUCCUCAUCAGGCUUGCAUCUGCGACGGAGGAGAACUUUGCAAGGAUGCUCGCUGUGGAGUGAAUGCUGCCUGUCGCAUUUACAACAACCAGCCCCAAUGUUACUGCCCAGCCAACUAUCCAUCUGGCGAUCCGAUGCAUGCUUGUAGCACAGACAAGAGCUUAGGCGAUUGUCGCACGAACGGUUGCGGUAAGGGUGCAGAGUGCAUCCGUGACGGUACAAUAUUUGUAUGCAGAUGUCCACCUGGUACCAGUGGAUCUCCAGACGUUGAGUGCACCACAGAGCGCGAAUGCACCAGUGACCUAGAGUGCCCCAAUGAAAAAGCCUGCAUAAAUCUGCAAUGCGUGGACCCGUGCGGUCUUCGCGGUGCCUGUGGGAUCAACGCUCUGUGUCGUGUGGUUCUGCACAAGCCACGAUGUUCCUGUCCGCAGUGCUAUAUCGGUAUGCCCCACACGGCCUGUCAUCCAGAUCCUAAAUGCGACACGCUCAAUCCCAGACCUACACCGAGUAUCGGUUGCUCGUCCGAUCGCGACUGUCCAGAGAGUUUGUCGUGUCACACGCGAACGGGCGAAUGUCGUGACCCGUGUUUAAGCUCUCGAUACGCAUGUGAAGUGAACAAGAGAUGCCAGGUGCGUAACCACAGGCCGAUGUGCGUAUGCAAAUACGGUUUCGUCGUGAACGAGAUCGGUGAACUGACAUGCGCCCCCGACACGUUGACAUGCACCAGGGACUUCGACUGUCCGUCGAACGCCGCGUGCGUGAAUGGAAAAUGCCAGAAUCCGUGUAACGUGAGAAAGAAAAAGCCGUGUCCGGCUGAUAAAACCUGCGAUGUCCUGGACCACCGUCCCGUCUGUAUAUGCACACAAAAUUGCAAUCCCUCCCUCUCCAUUUGCCUGCGAGACAGUGGCUGCUCUCCAGACUUGGCGUGCCGCAACUAUCGCUGUGUGGACCCAUGCAGAAACUCCACCUGUCCGGCUGAUGCCCCCUGUUACGUGGAGGAGCACAAGCCUAUCUGCAAGUUCUGUCCCCCCGGCUUUGUGCCAGAUACUAAAUACGGAUGCAUGAAAGCAGUUCACGACUACACGCCAGACUAUUUCUGCGAGUCCGACGACAACUGCAGCGACACAGAAGCGUGUGUCGAUGGAUCCUGCGUUGAUCCUUGCGUCGAUCAUUGUCGAUUGCCAGUUCGAUGUAGGGUUAAAGCACACAGGCCAAUUUGUGGCUGCGAGGAUGACACUUGUACAUACACUACAACGCAAACAUCGUCUACAAUUGAUUACACAACACACGAAACCGAUGAACCAUUUUCGACAGUUACACAACCCAACGUUGAUACUUUACCAUAUACUUUAUCCACCAUUCACGAGGAAACUUCAACAAUUUCGUAUUCGACCGAGGGUACCACAACUCCUGUUGCUGAAGAAAGUAGUUCUGUGUCUGUGGAAGGCAACUUGACUUUGACGACAACAGUUGUUACUGAUACUUCAGAAACUUCUACGACACUUUUCCCGGAUGCUGCUAUAACAGUUAAAGAUAUUGAUACAACUUCGUAUGACGAAAUUACAACCUUGAUCUCUUCAGAGGUACCUGGCGUUAAAGACAUUUCAGAUGAAAGCACGGAUGUUGUUCCAACGGUAGGAGAUAUUGAAACAACCAGUUAUACAACCCUUGAAACAACAACUGUGCCCUAUGAUGAUGGUACAAAAAGUAUUACUACAGAUAGGGUUCAAAUAGUCACUCCAGUUACAUAUGUUCAUUUUACGGAGAAGAUACCAUCAUCAGGAGAUGUUGUUACAGUUACACCGGUAUACGUAGGAGAAUACACUACGGAAACGACAACAGAUGUUACUGAAUCUAUAGAUAUGUCUAGGAGUACAACUGAGGUUGUUACAUUUGCAGACAGCUCGACUGAAAUGCAUUUGACUACCGAAAGUUCGAAUUUGAUGACAACGGAAGAUGUUACGUUGAUCACUGUAACAGCGCAGUAUCCUUUAGAACAAGAAACAACAUUUGAAACACCGUCGACGACUGAACAAUAUUUCACUGAAUUAACAACUGAACAACAAUCAACAACGCAUCCUUCUGAUACUAAACAACAUUCUACAGAGCCAUUCUCUGUUGAGCAACAAAAAACAACUGCACAGUAUUUUACAGAACAGCCUUCAACAACCACAUAUUAUUCUACUGAACAAGCUUCAACAACUGAAUCUUAUUCCACAGAACAAUAUUCUACUGAACAACCUUCAACAACCACACAAUUUUUCACAGAACAACCUUCAACAACCACACAAUAUUUCACAGAACAACCUUCAACAAUCACACAGUAUUCUACAGAACAGCCUUCAACAACUGAACAAUAUUCUACAGAACAAAUGCCAACAUCAGAACAAUCUUCUACUCUAGAAACACCUACAAAUGCCACAGAAACAACUGGAUAUACACGUUGCAAUGAAACCAUUGACAGUAAAGACUGCAAAGUCUGUUUUAACCAUACCAAUCCAUGUUUAAAUGAAACUAAAUGGAAUGUAACGAAUCAUCGGCCCGUGUGCUUCAACCUAACAGUCAACCAGAGUACAUCUAAUUGUAGCAUACUCCCAGAUACCAAAUGCACAACGCACGACGACUGUCUCUCCCAAUUGGCCUGUAUUAAUCAACAGUGUUUGAACCCCUGCACUGUUCACAAUCCAUGUGACUUCGUGGAGGUGUGUCAUGUUCAAGAUCACAGACCCGUUUGCGUGAAAGAUAUAACGAACGAUACAGAUUGCCCUUACUGUCCACCAGGCAUGCAGUGUGACCCAGCGACGUACACUUGCGUGAAAGCGGGUUGCACUAGCCACAAAGAUUGCCCGCUGACAGAGGCGUGCAUUGAGGGCACUUGUCAGGAACCGUGUCUCGUUUGGAACCCGUGUGCCCACAACGCGAUUUGUGUUAACACGAAUCACAAAGCAGACUGCAGUUGCGAGGAUGGUUACCACGGAAAUGGUUUCUCCUACUGUGCACCAGAAGAAGAAGAGGGCAAAAACAUCUGCCAAUACAACGAAGAUUGUCCACCGAGCAAGUACUGCGAUCGUCUGAACAGGAAAUGCAUUGAUCCUUGCCUGGAAACAGACUGCGGUGCUAACGCUAACUGUUAUCCAGAGAAUCAUCAAGCACAGUGCAAAUGUCUGCCGGGAUUCCAAGGGAAUCCACACGUUGGUUGCACUCAAGGAUCUACGGAUCCUUGUGUUCCAAAUCCUUGCGGAUUGGACGCCAUGUGUGAGAAUGACAACGGAAAUCCAAUAUGCUUCUGCCCGAAAGGUUUAACCGGAAAUCCCUUUGAGCAAUGCAUUCCAGAGGGUGAUCAAUGCCAAGGCAAUCCUUGUGGUACCAACUCUGGCUGCCGAGUAGUAUCAGGACAAGUGAGGUGUUUCUGUCUGCCAGGAUACGAAGGAAAUCCUCCUCAAUCUCCUUGCUCGCUACCUACUAAUCCUUGCGAGCCAUCGCCAUGCGGACCUAACACUCAAUGCUCGGUUUUGAACAACGGUCUUUCGAAAUGCACCUGUUUGCCAGGAUAUAUCGAAAGUCCUAACACGAUCAGAGGAUGCGUGCCAAAGUCCGAUCAGUGUGAUCCUAAUCCUUGUGGACCAGGAGCCAAAUGCGACGCGAACAGGAUACCACCAUGCUAUUGUCCCGGAAACACCAUUGGAAAUCCUUAUCAAAGCUGUGCUGCACCACCAGCCCAUGUGCCUGAUCCUUGUUUGCUGAUGCCCUGCGGAAAGAACGCAAUCUGCAUCGAAGAAGAUGGUGCAGCGAAAUGUAAAUGCGUGCCACCAUUCAUUGGUAAUCCGUAUAUAGACGGCUGUGAGGCAGAGUGCAUCGUGAACCAGGAUUGCGAAAAUCAUUUGGCGUGCUUCAACCAGCACUGCAGAGAUCCUUGCCCAGGUGUCUGUGGUUCAAACGCGAAAUGCGAAGUGGUUGAACACAUUCCAGUCUGUUCUUGCUUGCCUGGCUACACAGGGGAUCCAUUCAGCUCCUGUAAAGUCGAGAAGUCUCCUCUUCCGCCUCAAAAUCCUUGUAUGCCAUCACCUUGUGGACCGCACAGUAUCUGUCGUGUGAUGAACGAUCGUGCAGUGUGUUCCUGCAGCCCAGGAUACCAUGGCACGCCGCCAUCCUGUCGUCCAGAGUGUCUGGUUAGCUCGGAAUGUCCUGCACACCUGGCUUGCAUCGGGCAAAAAUGUGGAGACCCUUGUCCUGGUUUGUGCGGUCAGAACGCGUUGUGUCAGGUCGUCAAUCAUAACCCUAUCUGUAGCUGUCCUCCGGAAUACGUUGGUGAUCCUUUCACCCACUGUGUCAAGGAAGAUACGCCACUACCAGGACCAAAAAAUCCUUGUCUGCCUCCACCUUGUGGUCCUAAUGCGGACUGUCGCGUGCAGGAGAACCAUCCUGUCUGUACAUGUAUCAGUGGAAUGUUUGGAGCUCCACCAAAUUGCAGACCAGAGUGUUUGAUCCAUCAGGACUGUCCAAAUUACCUGGCCUGUGUUCAGAAAAAGUGUGUCGAUCCCUGUGCCGGGUCUUGUGGGUUCAACACGAACUGCACUGUACAGAAUCAUCGUCCCAUGUGUCAGUGUUAUCAGGGCUACGAAGGGGAUCCUUUCUCUGGCUGCAGCAAAGUUAUUUUCCCUCUUGAAUUACCCUGUGAUCCAUCACCGUGCGGUGCAAACGCAGUCUGCAAAGAACGAAACGGAGCUGGUUCGUGCACCUGUUUGCCUGAUUACACGGGAGAUCCUUACGAGGGAUGCAGACCAGAAUGCGUUCAGAACUCUGAUUGCGUUCACACGAAGGCUUGUAUAAACAACAAGUGCAAGGAUCCGUGCAUAGGCGCUUGUGGCAUAAAUGCUCAGUGCCAAGUGAUUAAUCAUCAGCCUUCGUGCAGUUGCUUGUCCGGUUACACUGGGGAUCCUCUAAAAUCUUGUCAUAUAUCAUCUGUAACACCAUUGCCAGGUGAUCCGUGCCAACCAUCCCCGUGUGGUCCAUACAGUAAUUGUCGCGUGAUUGACAAUCACGCCGUCUGUUCCUGUCAACCAGACUACGUGGGCAGUCCACCGCAAUGUCGCCCAGAAUGCGUGGUCAGCACCGACUGUACUCAAAACACGGCGUGUAUUGCGCAAACGUGCAGGGAUCCAUGUCCAGGCACUUGUGGCCAAAACGCUGAUUGCCAAGUCAUCAAUCACAAUCCUGUGUGCAGCUGCACGUCAGGAUACACUGGAGAUCCAUUCUUCGGAUGCGUUAAAGAACCGGAAGCAAAACAGCCUGGAAAAGAACCAAGCGGCAACCCAUGCAUUCCAUCGCCCUGUGGACCGAACUCUCAGUGUCGAGUGAUAGAUGGAUUCCCCGCAUGUUCUUGUUCACCUAACUACGUAGGCAGAGCUCCUAAUUGUCGACCUGAAUGUGUAAUCAACGAGGGUUGUCCUGGAAACCUUGCUUGUCAGAAUGAACAAUGCGUGGAUCCAUGUCCAGGUUCCUGUGGUGUGAACACCUACUGCAACGUCGUGAAGCAUAAUCCAGUUUGCAUUUGCAACACUGGAUAUACUGGAGAUCCGUUCACCGAAUGUGUACCAAUACUGGAAGAACCCACCACGACCGAACAACCUCGUACACCGUGCAAUCCAUCACCCUGUGGUGCGAAUGCUGUUUGCAACGAACGAAACGGUGUAGGGUCUUGCACGUGUCUGCCAGAAUACAUCGGCGACCCGUACACAGGUUGCAGACCAGAAUGUGUCACAAACACCGAUUGCGAGCGUAACAAGGCUUGCCUCAACAACAAAUGCGUGAAUCCUUGCCCUGAUACCUGCGGUCAAGGAGCCACUUGUCGAGUGAUCAACCACGCUCCAUCCUGCUCCUGUCUGCCUGGAUACACCGGAGAUCCUUUCAACGCGUGCACUGGAAUAGAAGUAACACCAUUGCCGGUUAAUCCUUGCGAGCCUUCGCCGUGCGGACCUAACAGCAACUGCCGUGUACACAAUGAACAUGCAGUGUGUCUGUGUCAACCAGGAUUCGUUGGAGUACCACCUACCUGCCGGCCAGAGUGCAUAGUCAGCUCUGAUUGUUCUCAAAACAAAGCAUGCAUCGACAACAAGUGUGCGGAUCCUUGUCCAGGGUCUUGUGGUUUGAACACCAAGUGUCUGACGGUCAAUCACAACCCUAUCUGUACCUGUGCGAACGGUUACACUGGAAAUCCAUUGGUACAAUGCACCAGGUUCAACGUGUCCCAGCCACCGUUCAAAGAUCUAGGAAAUCCUUGCUCUCCGAAUCCUUGCGGUCCGAAUUCACAGUGCAGAGUCAUCGGUUCGCAGCCAGCCUGCUCGUGUCUCUUGAACUUCGUUGGUCGACCUCCAAACUGCAGGCCAGAGUGCACAGAUAAUUCGGACUGUUUCCACUCGGCUGCUUGUAUAGAUCAAAGAUGCAAGAAUCCUUGUCCUGGUGCCUGUGGAGAGCUGGCUAGGUGUACGGUUCAGAACCAUGUACCUAUCUGCACGUGUCCUGAAGGGUACGAAGGGGAUGCUAGUGUCCGCUGCGUCCUGGCGCCUCCACCAACUACAGAUAUAAGUGUAUCGAAUCCGUGUUCACCGAAUCCUUGUGGUCCAAAGGCACAGUGUCGCGAGAGAAAUGGUGCAGGAGCUUGUGCCUGUCCACCAGACUUUAUUGGAGAUCCUUAUGACAACGAAAGGGGAUGCCACAGAGAAUGCGAAUCGAACAACGACUGUGCUCCACAGUUAGCCUGUGUUGGAUUCAAGUGCUCAGAUCCUUGUCCGAGCACCUGUGGCACACUGUCCAUCUGUAAAGUUCAACAGCACGUUCCUGUGUGCACUUGUCCUCCUGGAUACACUGGAGACCCAUACUACGCUUGUGAAAUUAAAGAAAUGACAAGAGUACCUCCGUUGGAUCCAUGUUCACCAUCACCAUGCGGACCCAACAGCAAGUGUCGCGAAGUGAAUGGUCAAGCAGUGUGCACCUGUCUUCCGGAAUACAGAGGAAUUCCGCCAAACUGUAGGCCGGAAUGUGUGGUCAAUGCUGAAUGUCCACCUCACUUAGCCUGUCUGAACAAGAAAUGCGCUGAUCCUUGCCCGAAUACUUGUGGAUUGAGAGCACAAUGCACCACGAAGAAUCACAAUCCGAUCUGUACCUGUCCAGUUGGUUUUACAGGAGAUCCUUUCACCCAAUGUUCUCCUUAUGCUCUAGACGUCCCUUCGACCACGGAAAGACCACCAUCUUGCACUCCAUCGCCGUGUGGUCCAAAUUCUUUAUGCCAUAUCAUAUCCGGAAACCCAGCGUGUUCCUGUCUACCAAAUUACAUCGGUGUACCACCAGAAUGUCGACCAGAGUGCAUAUUGAGUUCCGAAUGCAAGAGUCAUUUCGCUUGUGUCAAUCAGAGGUGUCAAGAUCCUUGUCCAGGAUCGUGUGGUGUCAACGCUCAGUGCCAUGUUCUCAAUCACAUACCCGUCUGCACGUGUAUGGAAGACUUCACCGGCGACCCAUUCACGCAGUGCACAAUCAUUCCUCCAACUGCUUUACCGCCUGUUAGUGAUCCGUGCAGUCCAUCACCUUGCGGAUCAAACGCAAUAUGCAACAACGGCGAUUGCGAAUGUCUGCCAGAAUACAUCGGCAAUCCAUACGAAUCCUGUCGACCAGAGUGUAUCCUUAACUCAGAGUGUCCACGCGACAAUACCUGCCUGAAAAAUAAAUGCAAGGAUCCUUGUCCAGGAACGUGCGGACAGAACGCGGUUUGCGACGUGGUGAAUCAUAUUCCUGUUUGCUCUUGCCUGACUGGUUACGUUGGAGAUCCGUUUGUCAGCUGUCGAGUUCAACCACAAGUUCCUCAACCAUCGAAAGAUCCAUGCUCGCCCGUUUCACCCUGUGGACCAAACAGCCAGUGUCGCAACAUCGAGGAUCAUGCUGUGUGUUCCUGUCUUCAAGGAUACCUAGGCUCUCCGCCGUCUUGUAGACCAGAGUGUGUAGUCAGUUCGGAGUGUCCACCAACUCGUGCUUGUAUCAACAAAAAGUGUACAGAUCCCUGCUUAGGAUCCUGUGGAUUAAACGCUAGGUGCGAAGUGAUCAACCAUUCGCCAAUUUGCAGUUGUCUUCCUGGUCAGACUGGAGAUCCCUUCAAGAGUUGUUAUGACAUUUCAAUUCCGCCAGACGGCAAAGACACGGGAGAUCCUUGCAAACCUUCACCCUGUGGACCAAACGCUCAGUGCCAGAACGCAAAUGGAUAUCCAUCAUGCUCUUGUCUUCCUUCCUACAUAGGAACACCUCCAUCUUGCCGUCCAGAGUGUCUCAUCAAUCCUGACUGUCCCACCGAUAAGGCGUGUAUUAACUCAAAGUGUACAGAUCCUUGCCUAGGAUCUUGCGCGGAGAACGCCAGGUGUCUGGUUGUGAACCACGCCGUUACGUGUUCGUGCACAUCCGGUUACACGGGAAAUCCGUUCGUCCAAUGCAUCGUGUUGGAAGAGGAAUCGAUUAAUCCAUGCGAACCAUCACCUUGCGGGCCUAAUGCCAUCUGCCAGCAACGCGACAAUGUUGGUGCCUGCAUCUGUAUCGACGACUACCACGGAAAUCCUUACGAAGGAUGUCAGCCAGAAUGCAUCCUCAGUUCCGACUGUCCAACCAACAAGGCCUGCGUUCGCAACAAGUGCGAAGAUCCCUGUCCAGGAGUCUGUGGCAUCCAGGCUCAAUGUUCAGUCAUCAACCAUAUUCCAACCUGCACCUGUCAGCCUGGUUACGUAGGUGAUCCUUUCACCAGUUGUACUCUGCCGCUAAGCCCGGAAACGGAACCCACAGUUUUUGACCCAUGCAACACAUCUCCGUGUGGACCGAACAGCUUGUGUCGAGCCAUUAAUGGACAAGCCGUGUGUACUUGUCAGGAAUCUUACGUUGGUUCCCCUCCAAAUUGCAAACCUGAAUGUGUCGUGAACUCCGAGUGUCCUCAAAAUAGAGCCUGUUAUAAGUACAAGUGUACCGAUCCUUGUCCUGGAACUUGCGGAGUGGGAGCCAAUUGCCGGGUGAUCAAUCACAAUCCCUUGUGCAGUUGUCCUCAAGGAAUGACUGGGGAUCCUUUCUCCAGGUGCUACCCUCAUACAGUGACACCAAUGUCACCAGCGGGUGAUCCUUGCACACCAAGUCCUUGCGGUCUGUACGCAGAGUGCAGGGCAAUCGGUGAUCAAGCCGCUUGCUCUUGCUUAAAGAACUACAUCGGACUUCCGCCGAACUGUCGUCCCGAAUGCGUCGUCAACACGGACUGUGCAUCGAAUCAAGCGUGCAUUUCAGAGAAAUGUCGAGAUCCUUGCGUCGGAUCCUGCGGCCAGAACGCAGACUGCAGGGUGCAGAAUCAUAUUCCUGUUUGCUUGUGCCAGACAGGAUACACCGGUGAUCCUUUCACGCUAUGCUCGCAGAUAAUAGAACAACCAAAAACACCCGAAGAUCGUUGCAACCCAUCACCAUGCGGACCGAACGCAGAAUGCAACGACGGACUUUGUGCUUGCCUUCCAAAUUACUUUGGCGAUCCUUACUCCUAUUGCCGUCCAGAAUGUACUAUGAAUUCGGAUUGUUCUCGAGUGAAAGCUUGUGUCAAUCAUUACUGCGUGGAUCCAUGCGUUGGCACGUGUGGAACGAGUGCAAGGUGUGAUGUGGUUAAUCACAUUCCUAUGUGCAGUUGUCCUCCAGGAACCACUGGAGAUCCAUUCACUCUUUGUCGUCAGCAUCUGCCCGAAGAACCAAGAAAACAACCUUGCACCCCGUCUCCCUGUGGAGCGAACAGUGUCUGCAAAGUAGCGAACGAUCAUGCAGUCUGUUCUUGCCAACCAGGAUUCAUUGGCAGUCCUCCUGCCUGCAGACCAGAAUGCGUGGUCAGCGCAGAGUGUCCUUUGACCCAGGCGUGUCUCAACAACAAGUGCCAGGAUCCUUGUCCUGGUACCUGCGGUCAAAACACGAGGUGUCAAGUGGUCAAUCACAAUCCAAUAUGCAGCUGCCACGAUGGACAUACUGGCGAUCCGUUCACCAGAUGUUAUCCGAUGCCCAAGACACCGCCGGUACCAACGAAUCCAUGCCAACCAUCUCCGUGUGGACCAAACGCAGAGUGUCAAGUGAGAGGCGACAGUCCAGCUUGUUCGUGUAUAGAAAAUUAUAUCGGUGUUCCGCCAAAUUGUAGACCGGAGUGUACGAUCAAUCCGGAAUGUCCUCCGCAUUUAGCGUGUAUGCAACAAAAGUGUCGCGAUCCGUGUGCUGGUUUGUGCGGUUUGAACGCGCAGUGUUCGGUAGUGAAUCACCACGCGGUCUGUGCUUGUGUCGAAGGUUACACCGGAAAUCCGUUCAGCGUUUGUGAGCCGUUCACCAAGGAUACACCCCCAGACCUUAGGAAACCAUGCGAGCCUUCCCCAUGCGGUACAAAUGCGAUUUGUCGCGAAAACAACGGCGUUGGUUCCUGUUCCUGUUUGCCAGACUACAUAGGUGACCCAUACGAAGGAUGCAGACCCGAAUGUACCCAAAAUUCCGAUUGCGCCAAGACGAUGGCCUGUAUGGGCUUAAAGUGCAGAGACCCUUGCCCAGGAACCUGUGGAUUGCAAGCCCGAUGCGAAACGAUCAAUCACCUUCCAGUUUGUUCUUGCAACCCUGGAUACACUGGCGAUCCCUUUGCGUAUUGUACUCCGCCCCCUGUUUCAGAUUUAAUACCUUCAGAACCAUGUAGUCCCUCCCCCUGUGGACCGAACAGUAAGUGUCGAAACGUGAACGACCAUGCCGUGUGUACCUGCCUGGCGAAUUUCAUUGGAAAUCCACCGAACUGUCGACCCGAAUGCGUGGUGAACAGCGAGUGUCCCUUGGAACUGGCGUGCAUCAAUCAGAAGUGCACGUCACCCUGUACCAACUCGUGUGGUAUCAACACGCAAUGCAAGGUGAUCAACCACAGUCCCAUUUGCAUCUGUAAUCUUGGAUAUACUGGAGACCCGUUUACCAAAUGUUUCCCUGCUCCACAACCGCCUCAGUGCGACUGCUCCCCAGUCCCGAGAGACCCCUGUGUGCCAUCGCCUUGCGGUAUGUACGCAGAGUGUAGGAAUAUCGGCGGAAUUCCAUCUUGUUCCUGUUUGCCACGAUAUAUCGGAUCCCCGCCCAACUGUCGACCAGAAUGUCGCGUAAACUCCGACUGUCCCAUGAACCUCGCGUGUUCCAGCGAGAAGUGCAGAGAUCCUUGUCAAGGAUCCUGCGGUGUCACCUCCUUGUGCACGGUUUACAACCACGUGCCCAUGUGCACCUGUCCCGAAGGAUACACCGGCGAUCCCUUCAGUAACUGCUACCCUCUGCCCAUCCAGCCAACUAUGCCAGCUGUCACUGACCCAUGCGCCCUGUCGCCCUGUGGCCCUAAUACACGUUGCGACAAUGGUGUCUGUACCUGUCUGGACGAGUAUCAGGGUAACCCUUACGUAGGCUGUCGACCAGAGUGUGUCCUGAAUACGGAUUGCCCGCAGAAUCGUGCCUGUGUGAGGAACAAGUGCGUUGAUCCUUGUCCAGGCAUCUGUGGCGAAAAUGCACAGUGUCUGGUGCAUAACCACAUACCCAUGUGCAGUUGUAUUAAUGGAAUGGUUGGAAAUGCUUUCGUUCGAUGUUCUGUCCUUCAAGAUUCAGUAAAGAGGAACCCAUGCUCACCUUCGCCUUGCGGACCAAACAGUGUCUGUAGGGAGAUAAACGAGCAGCCUGUCUGCGCCUGUGUGACAGGAUUCUUGGGUGUACCGCCUACCUGCAGGCCAGAAUGUACCGUCAGCUCCGAUUGUCCUCUGACAGAGGCUUGUAGUAAUCAGAAAUGUAUAAAUCCAUGUCCUGGUACUUGUGGACUCAAAGCUCUUUGCAACGUAGUCAAUCACAACCCUGUAUGCAGUUGUCCGCCAGGAUUCCCUGGCAAUCCUUUCUAUGACUGCUCUCAAGGACCUCCCAUGAACCUUUUGCCGGUAAACGUAUGCGAGCCAAACCCUUGUGGACCUAACUCUCAGUGUCGAGUCGUGAACCACCAAGCUUCCUGUUCCUGUAUGCCGGAAUUUACAGGUUCUCCUCCUAAUUGUAGACCAGAAUGCAUCAGCAACAACGAGUGUCCUAGCCACUUGGCUUGUGUCAAUCAAAAGUGUAGAGAUCCCUGUCCUGGAUCCUGUGGAGCCAAUGCAGAGUGUCGCGUAGUCAGUCAUACACCCAUGUGUGUCUGUCCUAACGACUACACAGGCGAUCCUUUUACUCAAUGUACUCCCAGACCACCUGUACCCUUUGAUCUAUCUCCUUGUAAACCGUCACCGUGCGGUUUCAACGCGAUAUGCAAGGAACAGAACAGUGUUGGUUCGUGUUCCUGUUUACCCGACUACAUCGGCAACCCUUACGAAGGCUGUCGACCCGAGUGCGUUCUCGACUCGGAUUGUCCGCCUACGUUCAGUUGCAUACGUUCCAAGUGUCAAGACCCUUGUCCAGGCACCUGUGGCACAAACACCGAGUGCAGAGUCAUCAAUCAUCGACCCGCCUGCACGUGCAUCCCUGGAUAUAGUGGAAAUCCAUUCCAAUACUGUAUUUUGAUACGCGAAAUAGAAGAUGAAACCAAAUACAAGGACCCAUGCCAACCCUCGCCUUGUGGACCAAAUAGUCAGUGUCGAGUAGUAAACGGGCAAGGAGUUUGCUCUUGUCUACCGGAAUACACAGGAUCCCCACCCAUGUGUCGUCCCGAGUGUGUUCUGAAUACAGAUUGUCCUCAGGAUCGCGCGUGUGUUAAUCAAAAAUGCACUAAUCCGUGUCCUGCUUCGUGUGGCACGUUCUCUACCUGCGUGGUCAGGAACCAUAGCCCGAUUUGCGCCUGUAGAGAAUCGUACACUGGGGAUCCAUUCACUAGAUGCUUUCCCAUGCAACAAUCUCUACCACCCGCAGUAGUCGAACCGUGUUUGCCUUCUCCUUGCGGUCCGAAUUCCGAAUGUCGCGUAGUUAAUGGUGGUCCAUCUUGCCAGUGUUUGCCCACCUACAUGGGAAGCCCUCCCAAUUGUAGACCGGAGUGCAUCAUAAACUCGGAUUGUCCUAGCAAUAGAGCUUGCAUAGGACAGAGGUGUAUGGAUCCUUGCCCAGGAUCUUGUGGAGUGUCAACCCAGUGCAACGUGAUCAAUCACGUGCCUAUUUGCACUUGCCUUCAGGGUUACACCGGAGAUCCCUUCAGCAAUUGUUACCCAACACCACCCCAACUACCACCUCCUGAAUCAGACCCCUGUAAUCCGUCACCAUGCGGACCAAACGCACAGUGCAACGCAGGAGCGUGCACUUGCUUGUCAGACUAUCAGGGUGAUCCCUACACCAGUUGUCGACCAGAAUGUGUCCUUAACAACGACUGUCCUCUGAACAGAGCCUGUGUUCGCAACAAGUGCGUGGAUCCGUGUAUAGGUACCUGUGGCAGGAAUGCGGUAUGCAAUGUCCUGAACCAUGUACCCAUGUGCAGUUGCCCACCUGGAAUGGGUGGUAAUGCGUUCAUCUCUUGUGAUAGAAUGGAAGGUACGGAAAAUGAUCGCAGCCCAUAAUUACAUUGAUAAGAGUUGAUGGAUAUUCAUAUUGUUCCUGCUUUAGAACCAGUUCUGGUGAACCCAUGUAACCCGUCCCCCUGCGGACCCAACAGUCAAUGUCGAGCAAUAAACGAGCAAGCCGUGUGUUCCUGCGUGCCAGGAUACCUUGGUACUCCACCCUCGUGUAGACCAGAGUGCGUGGUCAGUUCAGAUUGCCCUAGGAACCAAGCUUGUAACAACCAGAAGUGUAUCGACCCUUGUUUGGGUACUUGUGGCCUGAAAGCACUUUGUCAAGUCGUCAACCAUAAUCCUGUGUGCAGCUGUCCAUCUGGUUUCACAGGCGACCCCUUCACUAGAUGCGAAUUCAUCACUGUGAGCGCACCACCGGAAGACACGUGUGCCUCUUGUCAAUGCGGUCCCAAUUCCGUGUUCCAAAUGAUCAACGACAAACCAUCCUGCGCCUGUUUGCCCAACUUUAUCGGUUCCCCGCCAAAUUGUAGACCGGAAUGUGUGAGCAACAGCGAGUGUUCAAGCGAUUUGGCCUGCAUCAAUCGAAAGUGUCAAGACCCAUGCCCAGGCUCGUGUGGUUCGAACGCGGAGUGUCGCGUGGUCAGUCAUACACCGAUGUGCGCCUGUCUCAGUGGCUACGCAGGCGAUCCGUUCGCCCAAUGCUUCCUGAAACGACCUGAAAUUCAAUCCCCGCCGCAGUCACCCUGCACACCAUCACCCUGUGGUCCUAACGCGAUAUGCAAAGAACUAAACGGAGCAGGAUCCUGUUCUUGUGUCCCGGAUUACAUAGGAAACCCGUACGAAGGAUGUCGACCGGAAUGCACCGUGAAUUCCGAUUGUCCUUCAAACUUGGCCUGCAUAAGAUCCAAGUGCCAGAAUCCUUGUCCUGGCACGUGCGGCCAAAACGCUGAUUGUGCGGUGAUAAAUCACUUACCAAGCUGCACUUGUCUGGCUGGAUUCACGGGUGAUCCUUUCGUGAACUGUUACGUUCAACCGACGACUCCCCUUCUCGAAAGAAACCCGUGUAGCCCGUCGCCAUGCGGGCCCAACAGUCAGUGCCGUGUUACAAAUGGCCAAGCUGUCUGUUCUUGCCUCCCUGAAUACGUAGGCAGCCCUCCAGGAUGUCGACCGGAAUGUGUAGUCAGUUCAGAAUGUCCUUUGGACAAAGCUUGCGUUAAUCAGAAGUGUACCGAGCCCUGUCCCGGUCGCUGUGGUACCAACACCGACUGCAGAGUCAUGAACCACAGUCCUAUCUGUGCUUGCAAGCUGGACUUCACUGGCGACCCAUUUACCAGAUGUUUCCCAACACCAAAACCAUUGCCAAGCCCCGUUGAAAACCCUUGUGUACCAUCACCUUGUGGACCGUAUUCAGAAUGCCGCGAUAUCGGAGGUUCUCCAUCUUGUACCUGUUUACCAAAUUACAUGGGCAGUCCACCGAAUUGUAGACCAGAAUGUACGAUAAAUCCUGACUGCCCCAGCAAUCGUGCUUGCAUAAAUGAGAAGUGCAGAGAUCCGUGUCCUGGUUCGUGCGGUUUUGGCGCAAUUUGUAACGUGGUUCAUCAUACUCCAGCGUGUUCUUGCCCCGAGAGUUUUACAGGAGAUCCUUUCACUAAUUGCCAGCCAUUGCCGCCUCAACCGUUAAACGUUCCAUCAGACCUUUGCAACCCCUCACCCUGUGGCCCAAACGCAGAAUGCAAUAAUGGUGUCUGUACUUGCUUACCCGAGUACCAAGGAAACCCAUACGAACUCUGUCGACCCGAAUGCGUUCUGAACACCGAUUGUCCCAUGAACAGAGCUUGCAUUCGUAACAAAUGCGCAGAUCCUUGCAUCGACACUUGCGGUCAAAAUGCAGUGUGCAACGUGUACAAUCAUAUCCCCAUGUGCAGCUGUCCACCUGGGAUGUCCGGAAAUGCAUUCGUAAUCUGUUCCGUCUUACAAGAUCUAGCACGCCCAGGACCGUCGGACCAUUGUAGACCUUCUCCAUGUGGCCCGAACAGUCAGUGUCGUGUGGUGAACGAUCAAGCAGUGUGUUCGUGUGUCCAGGGAUACCUAGGCACUCCACCAUCUUGUAGACCCGUAUGCGUCGUCAGUUCCGACUGUCCGCGCAAUCUAGCAUGUAGCAAUCAGAAAUGCAUAGAUCCUUGCCUAGGUACCUGUGGUCUAAGGACACAGUGUCAAGUUGCCAAUCAUAAUCCCAUUUGUAGCUGCCUUCCAAGGCAUUCCGGGGAUCCUUUCACCAGAUGCGACCCAAUAAUUGAAACAUCACUCGUACCGGUGAACCCUUGUCAACCGUCUCCCUGUGGACCAAACUCCCAGUGCCGUGUGGUGAACGACUCACCCUCUUGCAGUUGUCUGUCCGAAUUUACUGGAACCCCGCCAAAUUGCAGACCAGAGUGCAUCAGCAACAGCGAAUGCCCUGCCCAUCUAGCUUGCAUGAAUAAAAAAUGUAGAGAUCCAUGUCCUGGUGCCUGUGGAUCGAAUACGGAAUGUCGUGUGGUCAGUCACACGCCCAUGUGCGUGUGUCUCAGUGGAUACACUGGAGACCCUUUCACUCAGUGCCUUAUGCAACAACCAACGAUUGUCGAGAACGUGUCACCCUGUACACCAUCACCAUGCGGAGCAAAUGCUUUGUGCAAAGAGCAAAACGGAGCAGGUUCCUGCACCUGUUUGCAAGAUUAUAUUGGAAACCCUUAUGAAGGUUGUCGCCCAGAGUGUACCGUGAAUUCUGACUGUGUGUCCAAUAUGGCCUGCGUUCGUUCCAAGUGUCAGGAUCCUUGUCCAGGAACUUGUGGUCAAAAUGCAGUCUGCCAAGUGAUCAACCAUUCGCCAGCUUGCACCUGCAUGUCUGGUUACACCGGCGAUCCAUUUAGAUAUUGUAAUCUUAUCGUACAAUCCGAACCAGUUACAAGAGAACCAUGCAAUCCAUCUCCCUGUGGGCCAAAUAGUCAAUGUAGAGUCGUUAACAAUCAACCGGUUUGCACGUGUCUACCAGAAUACAUUGGAAGUCCUCCCGGAUGUCGACCAGAAUGUGUAGUGAGCUCAGAAUGCCCUACUAAUAGGGCUUGUGUUAACAACAAGUGCGUGAACCCUUGCCCUGAACCGUGUGGAUCAAACACCAACUGCAUGGUCUUGAACCACAGCCCAAUGUGUAGUUGCAAACAGGGCUACACUGGAGAUCCUUUCAGUAGAUGUUUCCCUGUACCAAGACCUGCACCUGGCCCAGUCUCACAGAACCCUUGUGUGCCUUCGCCUUGUGGACCCUACGCAGAGUGUCGCGACAUUGGGGGUACACCCUCCUGCUCUUGUCUGUCAUCUUAUAUUGGCAGCCCACCUAACUGUAGACCUGAAUGUACUAUCAAUUCCGAUUGUCCAAGUAGUCAGGCAUGCAUAAACGAGAGAUGCAGGGAUCCUUGCCCAGGAUCUUGUGGAUUAUCAGCUACCUGUAACAUCAUCAAUCAUACACCGUCUUGCACUUGCCCAGACGGUUUCACGGGAGAUCCAUUCACGAAUUGUUAUCCCAAACCAAUAGAAGAACCAGUGAUACCUGCUGAUCCCUGUAAUCCCUCCCCUUGUGGAUCGAAUGCUGUGUGCACAGACGGUACUUGUUCGUGUCUGCCAGAAUAUCAAGGAGAUCCUUACGCUGGUUGUCGACCCGAAUGUGUUCUCAACAAUGACUGUCCUUUACCUCAAGCCUGCAUUCGCAAUAAAUGCGUGGACCCGUGUCCUGGAACUUGUGGUCAGAAUGCACAGUGCAAUGUCUACAAUCAUAUUCCCAUGUGUAGCUGUCUGCCUGGAACGACUGGGAAUGCUUUCGUUUCUUGUCGUCCAAGCAGAGGACCCGAAGAUCCAUGCAAUCCAUCUCCCUGCGGACCAAACAGUGUCUGUCGCGUAGUUAACGAGCAAGCAGUUUGCUCUUGCGUGGCUAAUUUCAUUGGAACACCUCCUUCGUGCAGACCAGAAUGUACUGUCAGUUCUGAUUGUCCAAAGAAUCAGGCUUGUAGCAAUCAGAGGUGUAUGAAUCCUUGCGCUGGAUCCUGCGGCGUUAGGGCUCAGUGUCAAGUGAUAAAUCAUAAUCCUGUGUGCAACUGUCCAGGAGGCUUCACCGGUGAUCCUUUCGUCAGAUGCGAACUAAAACCGGAAGAACCGCCAAUUCCUAUCAAUCCUUGCCAGCCUUCGCCCUGCGGACCCAACGCGAUGUGCCAAGUGGUGAACGAUUCACCUUCGUGUUCUUGUUUGCCUGAAUUCACGGGGACACCUCCAAACUGUAAACCAGAAUGCAUCAGCAAUAGCGAAUGCCCUAAUCAUUUGGCAUGCAUGAACAACAAAUGCAGAGAUCCUUGUCCUGGCUCUUGUGGGGCUAAUUCCGACUGUCGCGUAGUGAGUCACACAGCGAUGUGUAUGUGUCUUGUUGGUUACGAGGGAGAUCCUUUUACUCAGUGUAUUCAGAAACAAAACGAUGUACAGCCAAUUAUUUCGACUCCAUGCACUCCAACCCCAUGUGGUUCGAAUGCUAUUUGUAAAGAGCAAGGUGAAGUGGGUUCUUGCACCUGUUUACCCGACUAUAUUGGCAACCCUUACGAAGGCUGUCGUCCAGAGUGCGUCAUGAACUCCGAUUGCAUGUCAACACGCGCUUGCAUUCGUUCCAAGUGCCAGGAUCCAUGUCCUGGAGCUUGUGGUACGAACGCCGAGUGUCAAGUUGUCAAUCACUUACCAACUUGUACCUGUUUCCCUGGCUACACUGGACAACCUUACCAAUUUUGUCAACCAAUUACACAGCCUGUUGAAGAUAGGAGAGAUCCAUGUUCCCCGUCACCCUGCGGACCAAAUAGUCAGUGUCAAGUUGUUAACGAUCAAGCAGUUUGUUCCUGUUUACCGCAAUAUAUUGGUACUCCACCUGGAUGUCGACCAGAAUGCGUGGUUAGCUCGGAAUGUCCAUCGAAUCUCGCGUGUAUUAAUCAGAAAUGCAAAAAUCCUUGUCCUGGACCUUGUGGUGUCAACGCAGAAUGUAACGUCAUCCAUCAUAGUCCCAUCUGUGCCUGUAGACAAAGGUACACGGGUGAUCCGUUUACACGUUGCUUCCCAAUGCCAGAAAUUCUACCAACAAUGGUACCGUUUAAUCCUUGCGUGCCUUCACCCUGCGGUUCGAAUGCAGAGUGUCGCGACAUCAACGGCCUAUCUUCUUGCUCCUGUUUACAAAAUUACAUAGGCAGUCCACCAAAUUGUCGCCCAGAAUGUACAGUGAACUCUGAUUGCUCACUUAAUCAAGCUUGCAUGAGAGAAAAGUGUAGGGACCCGUGUCCUGGCUCUUGUGGCAUCUUUGCUCAGUGCAGCGUGUUUAAUCACCUGCCAGUUUGUAGCUGCAUAGAAGGUUACACCGGAGAUCCUUUUACCAAUUGCUAUCCAAAACCGCCAGCACAACCAACAGUUCUUGAUGAUCCUUGCAAUCCAUCACCUUGUGGAUCGAACACAGAAUGCAACAAUGGUAUCUGUUCUUGUCUGGCUGAAUACAAAGGUGAUCCUUAUGUAGGCUGCCGACCAGAAUGUGUCCUCAACACUGAUUGUCCCACAAAUCAGGCAUGUGUCCGCAACAAGUGUACCGAUCCUUGUAUCAACACUUGUGGACAGAAUGCUAUUUGCAAUGUUUUCAAUCACAUACCAAUGUGCAGUUGCGCACCUGGUACCAGUGGCAACGCUUUCGUGAUUUGUUCCCCGAUGGAAGAAGUAAGCCCGGAAACACCCUGCAAUCCUUCUCCAUGCGGGCCAAACAGUCAGUGCCGUAAUGUCAAUGGACAGGCAGUCUGUUCUUGCGUACCUGGUUACGUUGGAAGCCCUCCAUCUUGUAGGCCAGAGUGUACAGUGAGCUCAGAUUGUCCCAGGAACGAAGCUUGUAGUAACUUGAAGUGCGUGAAUCCUUGUAUAGGAAGCUGUGGCAUUCGUGCACAGUGCCAGGUCAUCAAUCACAAUCCCAUAUGCAGUUGUCCUGCAGGAUUGUCCGGGGAUCCUUUCUUCAGAUGCGACCCCAUCAUGGAAACGAAACCAGAAAUUAUAAACGUAUGCAAGCCAUCGCCGUGCGGUCCUAACGCCUUGUGUCAGGUGGUGAAUGAUUCACCAUCGUGCACCUGCAUGCCUGGAUUUAUCAAUUCUCCGCCUAACUGUCGUCCUGAAUGUGUCAGCAAUAGCGAAUGUUUAGCCCAUCACGCUUGCAUAAACCAAAAGUGCAGAGAUCCAUGUCCUGGCUCGUGUGGAGCGAACGCUGAGUGUCGUGUGGUCAGCCAUACGCCCAUGUGUGCUUGCUCCAAUGGGUACACGGGUGAUCCGUUCACGCAAUGCGUUCAAUUUGAAGAAUCGAUUCCAACAUCUCCUUGCACACCGUCACCCUGCGGUUCAAACGCUGUUUGCAAAGAGCAAAACGGAGUUGGAUCUUGUAGUUGUCAACCGGAAUACAUUGGCAAUCCUUACGAAGGAUGUCGACCAGAGUGUACAGUUAGCUCAGACUGUCCAUCGAACCUCGCUUGUAUAAGAAAUAAAUGUCAGAACCCUUGUCCAGGAACCUGCGGACAGGAUGCUGUCUGCCAGGUCAUUAAUCAUUCACCUAUGUGCACUUGCCUUCCUGGUUUCACAGGAGAUCCAUUCAGAUACUGUCAACUUUCGAGAGAACCUGACAUAGAAGAUGAAAUAGACCCGUGUGUUCCAUCGCCCUGCGGACCAAACAGUCAAUGCCGCGUGGUCUCUGGAAACCCCGUAUGCUCUUGCCUCCCCGAAUACACCGGAAGUCCUCCCUCGUGUCGUCCCGAAUGCGUCGUAAGCUCAGACUGUCCCUCGAAUCGUGCUUGUGUGAAUCAGAAGUGUGUGAACCCAUGUCCGCGACCCUGUGGACAGAACACUAAUUGUCUAGUCGUCAAUCACAGUCCUAUUUGUACCUGCAAAGACGGAAAUACUGGUAACCCUUUCACCAGAUGUUUCCCUCUUCCACCUCAAUCAACGUUACCUGAUCUACCUCAAAACCCCUGCGUACCAUCCCCUUGCGGUCCGUAUUCGGAAUGUCGGGAUAUCGGUGGUGCACCAUCUUGUUCCUGUUUAGCUAAUUACUUUGGUAGCCCACCGAACUGUAGACCAGAGUGUACGGUGAAUUCAGACUGCCCCAGUGACCGAUCGUGCAUCAGACAAACAUGUACCGAUCCCUGUCCAGGAUCGUGCGGUGUGUCAGCAAGGUGCACAGUUUUCAAUCAUCUACCAAUUUGUACUUGUCCCGAGGGAUUCACUGGUGAUCCUUUCAGCAGUUGUUCUCCUGCCCCACCUGCAGCAAUAGUACCCGAAGAUCCGUGUAACCCAUCGCCUUGUGGUGCAAAUGCACAGUGCAACAAUGGUCUAUGCACCUGUUUAGCGGAGUAUCAAGGCGAUCCUUAUGUGGGUUGCCGACCAGAAUGUGUUUUGAACACUGAUUGUUCCUUGAAUCAAGCUUGCCUACGCAACAAGUGCAUUGAUCCUUGCGUUGGCACCUGUGGACAAGGUGCAACUUGCAAUGUUUACAAUCACGUACCUAUGUGCAGUUGUCCCAUUGGAAUGACAGGCAAUGCAUUCGUAUCUUGCACUCCAUUUAGAGACCCUAUCGUGACAAACCCCUGCAAUCCAACACCUUGCGGACCAAACAGUCAGUGCAGAGAAGCGAACGGGCAAGCCGUGUGCACUUGUAUCCAAGGCUUUGUCGGUAUUCCACCAACUUGCAGGCCAGAAUGUGUAGUAAGCACAGAUUGCGGACCAACUGAAGCUUGUAUUAAUCAGAAAUGUAGCAAUCCAUGCGUUGGAUCUUGUGGAAUCAGGGCAACCUGUCAAGUGGUUAAUCACAAUCCAAUUUGUAAUUGUCCACCUAGUAUGACCGGUGAUCCAUUCGUGAGAUGUACCGAAAAACCAUUGGAAAUACCACCACAGCAAAACCCAUGCGAACCAUCGCCAUGUGGUCCGAACGCUCAAUGUCAAGUGAUCAAUGAUUCCCCAUCGUGUUCCUGUCUACCAGAAUUCACUGGUUCACCUCCUAAUUGUAGACCAGAAUGUAUAAGCAACAGUGAAUGCCCGAGUAAUUUAGCAUGCAUCAAUCAGAGGUGCAGAGAUCCUUGUCCUGGAUCAUGUGGCACGAAUGCAAUUUGCAACACAGUGUCCCAUACACCCAUGUGCACUUGCUCUCCUGGAUACACUGGUGAUCCAUUUACCCAGUGUGUCGUGCAACAACUUAUACCAAUGUACGUACCAAGACCCUGUGUUCCAUCUCCUUGCGGAGCAAACGCUAUCUGCAGUGAUCGAAACGGUGUAGGAGCAUGCUCCUGUUUGCCAGGAUAUCUGGGUAAUCCAUACGAGGGUUGUCGACCAGAAUGCGUUCUAAAUUCAGACUGCAUCCCCAGUAAAAGUUGUGUUCAAUCGAAAUGCGUGGAUCCUUGUCCUGGUACCUGUGGGCAGAAUGCAGUCUGCCAGGUGAUCAAUCACGUGGCAACUUGCAAUUGUUUGCCCAGGUUCACUGGUGACGCCUUCAGAUUUUGUAGAGAGGAAGACAUAGUCACUUUACCAAGCGUGAAAAAUCCUUGCCAACCAUCACCCUGUGGACCCAACAGUGUCUGUCGAGAAAACAAUGGACAAGCAGUUUGCUCCUGUUUGCCAGACUACCUUGGCUCUCCACCUGGAUGCAGACCAGAGUGCGUGACGAGCGCAGAGUGUCCUUCGAAUCGCGUAUGCGUUAACCAGAAGUGCACUGAUCCUUGUCCUGAUCCUUGUGGAAGAAAUACAAUUUGCAAUGUCAUCAAUCACAGUCCAAUCUGUUCUUGUCAGCAAGGUUUCACAGGAGACGCGUUCACGAUCUGCUUCCCAAUUCCACGUCCUCCACCAGAGGCAGUAAGACCUGUUCAGCAAGAUCCUUGCCUACCAUCACCCUGUGGACCAUACUCUCAGUGCAGAAACAUUGCUGGAAAUCCUUCUUGCUCUUGUUCACCCCCGUACAUUGGCGCUCCACCUAAUUGCAGACCAGAAUGCACGAUAAAUGCUGAAUGUGCCAGUGCACUCGCUUGUGUCAGAGAAAAGUGCUCGGAUCCUUGUCCAGGAUCUUGUGGUUUCGGAGCCAGGUGCACUGUUCUCAAUCACGUACCAAUUUGUUCUUGUCCUGAGGGAUACACUGGAGAUCCUUUCAGCAGUUGUGUGCCGAAACCAAUUAUUCCCAUAGAACCAGUGACAGACCCUUGCAACCCUUCACCAUGUGGGGCGAAUGCCCUUUGUCGCGAUGGUGUUUGCACGUGUCUUCCAGAAUUUCAAGGAGAUCCCUACAGUGGUUGUCGUCCUGAGUGUGUCAUGAACAACGAUUGUCUUCGUGACAGGGCGUGCAUAAGAAACAAAUGCGUUGAUCCGUGCAUAGGAACAUGCGGACAAAACGCACAGUGUCAAACAAUCAAUCACGUUCCCAUGUGCAGCUGUCCAGCUGGAAUGUCAGGAAACGCUUUCGUUUUUUGUUCCCCAGUACAGGAAGACGUAGUUACGAAUCCAUGCUCCCCAUCACCGUGUGGACCGAACAGUCAUUGUCAAGAAGUGAACGGAAUCCCAGUUUGCAAGUGUAUAGAAGGUUUCACAGGGAAUCCACCUAUGUGUCGACCAGAAUGUGUCGUUAGUUCUGAUUGCGAAUUAUCGAAAGCUUGCAUCAACCAGAAAUGCAGAGAUCCUUGUCCAGGAACCUGCGGUUUGAGAGCAGAGUGCUCUGUGGUGAAUCACAACCCUAUAUGCAGGUGUCCCCAAGGUUUAACUGGCGAUCCUUUCGCUGCUUGCACAAAUAUAGUUGAAAUGUCUCCAGAACCGAUCAAUCCGUGUUAUCCAUCACCAUGCGGUCCAAACGCUCAGUGUCAAGUGGUGAAUCAAGCACCUUCGUGCUCUUGUUUGCCAGAAUUUACAGGAUCGCCACCGAAUUGUAGACCCGAAUGUGUUAGUAACAGCGAGUGCCCUAUUCGCGAGGCUUGUAUCAAUCAGAAGUGCAGGGAUCCUUGUCCCGGUUUGUGUGGAGCUAAUGCUGAAUGCAGCAUGUUCAGUCAUACUCCAAUGUGUUCUUGUCGUUCGGGCUUUACGGGAGAUCCUUUUGCUCAAUGUACUCCUCUUCAAAUUGCCGAUGAAAGACCCACACCUUGCACGCCAACACCUUGUGGCGCUAACGCGGUUUGCAGAGUGUCAGGAAAUGCAGGCGCGUGUUCUUGUUUACCCGAUUAUAUCGGAAACCCUUACGAGGGUUGUAGACCAGAAUGCGUGGUGAAUUCCGACUGCUCGGCGAAUUUAGCGUGCGUGAGAUCGAAAUGUCAAGAUCCUUGUCCUGGUGCUUGUGGACAGAAUGCUAUGUGCAAUGCUGUAAAUCAUUUACCAGUAUGCACUUGUAUUCAAGGAUACACGGGCGAUCCGUUUAAAUAUUGCAGUCUAAGUCCAAUGAACCAAGCGGAUGUGAUAGUAAAUCUAUGCAACCCUUCACCCUGUGGACCAAACAGCGAAUGUCGCGUGAACAACAACCAAGCAGUCUGCUCUUGCCUCUCCUCUUACAUCGGCAGUCCACCAAAUUGUAGACCCGAGUGCGUGGUCAGCACCGAGUGUCCUUUGACUCGAGCUUGCGUGAAUCAAAAGUGCAUCGACCCAUGUCCCAACUCGUGCGGAGUAAACGCCAACUGCAGGAUUAUUAAUCACAGUCCCAUUUGUUUCUGUAACAAUGGAUUCACUGGUGAUCCAUUCACCGCCUGUUUCCCUGCUCCUGCUCCUGUGGAAACUGCGCCAGCAGUGCCAAGAGACCCGUGUUCACCAUCGCCCUGCGGUCCCAACGCUAUUUGCCAGAACGUAGGCCAGACUCCAGCAUGCACUUGCUUACCAAAUUAUCGUGGCAGUCCACCAAAUUGCAGACCAGAAUGUACCAUCAAUUCAGAAUGUCCCAGUAAUCAGGCUUGCAUUCAGGAAAGGUGUAGAGAUCCUUGUCCAGGAUCUUGCGGUUUUAAUGCUCAAUGCACGGUGUUCAAUCAUGUACCCAUGUGUUCCUGUAUCGAAGGAUACACUGGAGAUCCUUUCAGUAAUUGCAAUCAACAGACUAGACCUCCCGAAGCUGAGGUAGAUUUAUGCAAUCCAUCUCCUUGUGGACCGAAUGCUCAAUGCGACAAUGGAAUUUGUACGUGCUUACCCGAAUACUAUGGAGACUCUACUCUUGGCUGUCGACCAGAGUGUGUGCUGAACAAUGAUUGUCCUCGUGAUAGAGCCUGUGUCAGGAACAAGUGCGAAGAUCCUUGUAUCGGUACUUGUGCCAGCGAUGCGAUAUGCAACGUGAUCAAUCAUGUACCCAUGUGCAGCUGUCCAGUUGGUUUCGAAGGGAAUGCAUUCGCAUACUGUCGUCCCGCUAUAGCUGAGCUUCCAUCUACUCCGUGCGCCCCAUCACCUUGCGGACCUAACAGCCAGUGUCGAGCAAACAAUGGCCAAGCGAUCUGUAGCUGUGUACCAGGUUACUUAGGAAAUCCGCCAAAUUGUCGUCCAGAGUGUAUAGUUAGCUCUGAGUGUCCUCUCAAUCAGAUUUGUAGCAAUCAAAAGUGCAGAGACCCUUGUAUCGGCUCGUGUGGCCUAGGUGCACGUUGCACAGUGGCAAAUCGCAAUCCUAUAUGCCAUUGCUCUGAAGGAUUCACAGGAGAUCCGUUUGUUAGAUGCAUUCCACUUCCACCAGUGCCACCAGAACCCAUAAACGUUUGCCAGCCAUCACCUUGUGGACCGAAUGCUCAGUGUCAAAUCUCAGGAAACUCACCCUCUUGCACCUGUUUACCCGAUUUCAUUGGAACCCCGCCGAAUUGUAGACCUGAGUGUAUCAGCAACAGUGAAUGUCCUAGUCAUCAAGCGUGUAUAAAUCAGAAAUGCAAAGAUCCUUGCAUUGGAUCCUGUGGGACAAACACUCAGUGUCGAACAGUCAGCCACACUCCAAUGUGUUACUGUGAUAUAGGAUACACUGGUGAUCCGUUCACCCAAUGCUUCAUCACGCCCAUCGAAGACACCACGAUGAAAGUGAAUCCAUGCUUGCCUUCUCCUUGCGGUCCUAAUGCACAAUGCAUCGAAAGAAAUAACGCAGGCUCCUGCACUUGUCUUCCGAGUUACCUAGGAAAUCCUUACGAAGGAUGCAGACCAGAAUGUGUCCUAGACUCUGAUUGUUCGCCCAUUCGAGCUUGCAUCGGUUCGAAAUGCGUCGAUCCUUGUCCAGGAACUUGUGGAACCAAUGCUGAAUGUCGCGUAAUCAACCACCGAGCGUCUUGUUCGUGUUAUCCUAGUUACACCGGUGAUCCUUAUCGAUAUUGUUCCAUUCAACCAGUUGUUUCUGAUAUCACUGUCACUGAUCCAUGUGGCAAUGCUCAAUGUGGACCGAAUAGUCAAUGCAGGGUAGUAAAUCAAGUGGCAGUUUGCUCUUGCUUGCCAAAUUACAUGGGUACACCUCCAUCUUGCAGACCAGAAUGUGUUACAAACUCGGAAUGUGCCUCUGAUAGAGCGUGUAAAAGACAAAAAUGCGAAGACCCCUGUCCAUCUUCUUGUGGACAAAAUGGAGAUUGCAGGGUGAUCAAUCAUACACCCCUCUGUAGUUGUUCGAGAGGAUACACUGGUGAUCCUUUCACCGUCUGUUUCCCCAUUCCGCUAACACCUCCUGGUCAAAGCGACGUCAUUUCAAAAGACCCAUGCAUUCCAUCUCCAUGCGGUGCUUAUUCAGAAUGUCGGGACAUUGGUGGAGUACCAUCUUGUUCCUGUUUACCCACGUACACCGGAAGUCCGCCAAAUUGUCGUCCCGAAUGUACCAUUAACUCAGACUGCCCACCCAAUCAAGCUUGUAUGCAACAAAGAUGCAGAGAUCCUUGUCCUGGUUCGUGUGCAUCUCAAGCUCAGUGCAGUGUUAUCAAUCAUGUACCAACUUGUACCUGUCCUCCUGGUUACACCGGAGAUCCUUUCACCAACUGCUUCAUAGAACCACUUCGUCCAGUCGAAACUGACCCAUGUGCAUCUUCGCCUUGUGGAUCGAACGCUCGUUGCGACAAUGGCGUCUGCAGCUGUUUGCCAGAGUUCUUUGGUGACCCAUUUUCUGGCUGUAGACCAGAGUGUGUCUUAAGCAACGAAUGUCCAACCACGCGAGCUUGCGUUCGAAACAAGUGCGUUGAUCCUUGCACCAGUGUUUGCGGACUGAAUGCUUUGUGCAACGUGUUCAACCACGUGCCCAUGUGCAGUUGUCCUUCGGGAAUGGCAGGAAACGCUUUCGUGCUAUGUUCUCCCAUUCAAGUAACAACGGUUAGUGACCCUUGCAAUCCAUCGCCAUGUGGACCUAAUAGCCAAUGUAGACAAAACAACAUGCAAGCUGUAUGCUCCUGCAUAAGCGGAUACAUUGGUGCACCACCUACUUGCAGACCUGAGUGUGUAGUUAGUUCAGACUGUCCACUGAACGAAGCAUGUACCAACCAAAAAUGUCAAAACCCUUGUCUUGGAAGCUGUGGAGUUAACGCAGCGUGUAAUGUCGUUAACCACAAUCCUGUAUGCACCUGUCAAGAAAGAAUGACCGGUGACCCAUUCGUCAGGUGUUAUCCAAUGCCUGAGAGACCACAACCACCAAUCGAUCCAUGUCAACCAUCCCCCUGUGGUCCUAACGCACAGUGCCAGGUGGUCAACGAUCAACCAUCCUGUUCGUGUCUUCAAGAAUUCAUAGGAUCACCACCAAACUGUCGUCCCGAAUGCGUCAGCAACAGCGAGUGUCCUAAUCAACAAGCGUGCAUCAAUCAGAAAUGUCGAGAUCCUUGUGUAAAUUCCUGUGGUCUGAACGCGGUUUGUAACGUAGUUAGCCACACACCAAUGUGUGCUUGUACGAAUGGUUACACAGGUGAUCCGUUUACACAGUGUGUACCACAGCAAUUCGACGUUCAAGUCAGUAGACCGGAUCCCUGCACCCCAUCGCCGUGCGGUGCAAAUGCGAUAUGUCGGGUGCAAGGAAAUUCAGCUUCUUGUUCUUGUCAGAACGACUACAUCGGUAACCCUUACGAAGGGUGCAGACCUGAGUGCACCCUCAGUUCUGACUGUCCAUCCACUCAAGCAUGCAUCAGAUCCAAGUGUAGAGACCCAUGUCCUGGAACUUGUGGUCAGAAUGCUCAGUGUUAUGCGAUCAAUCAUGCAGCUACCUGCAGUUGCUUUGAACGAUACACUGGCGAUCCUUUCGUCUACUGCAAUCCUAUGCGAGAACCACUGCCUGAACCUAACGUUGUCAAUCCUUGCGAACCAUCACCCUGUGGACCCUACAGUCAAUGUAGACAGACAAACGGUCAAGCUACGUGUUCCUGUAUGCCAAAUUAUAUUGGAACACCCCCUAAUUGCAGACCAGAAUGCAGUGUUAACUCUGACUGUCCACUGACCCUUGCAUGUAGGAAUAAUAAGUGCGUUGAUCCUUGUCCCAACUCUUGUGGUCAACAGAGUACCUGUAGAGUCGUGAACCACAGCCCAGUUUGCAGUUGCAAGCCAGGGUUCACUGGCGAUCCAUUCACCUACUGUUUCUACAGUCCACCCACUGCCGUUGUCGAAACACCGGUUGAUCCCUGUAUUAACUCACCUUGCGGACCAAAUUCUCAAUGUCGCGCCAUCAAUGGUUCUCCCUCGUGUUCCUGUUUGGUGAACUACGUUGGUGUUCCACCAAAUUGCCGUCCAGAAUGUGUUACCAACACCGAUUGUCCCAGAAAUCAGGCCUGCAUUCGUGAGAAGUGUCAGGAUCCCUGUCCAGGAUCCUGCGGUUUGAACAGUGCCUGUGUUGUUCAUAAUCACGUUCCAAUUUGCACCUGUCUGGAGGGAUAUACAGGAGAUCCUUUUAAUAUUUGUCAGCUCAAACCAAUGCUUGUCGAAGAACCCGUGACAGACCCAUGCAGUAGUUCUCCAUGUGGACCAAACGCUCGAUGCAACAAUGGCAUUUGCACUUGUUUACCCGAAUACUUUGGAGAUCCAUACGUUGGUUGUCGCCCUGAAUGCGUGCUGAGUACAGACUGCUCUAGCGAAAAAGCUUGCAUCAGGAACAAGUGCGUUAACCCUUGCCCAGGAGCUUGUGCACAAAAUGCUGUGUGCAAUGUCAUCAAUCACACGCCUAUGUGCAGUUGUCCUCCACAAACUAGUGGAAACGCCUUAGUUCUAUGUUCGCCUGUACGAGUGCCCACGACGACUAGACCAUGCAAUCCAUCCCCCUGUGGUCCAAACAGCAUAUGUAGAGAAGUGAACGAUCAAGCCGUGUGUACAUGCGUCCCAGAUUACCUUGGAACACCACCUCUAUGCAGACCAGAAUGUACAAUUAGUUCCGAUUGUCCUAAGAGUCAGGCUUGCGUAAACCAGAAGUGUAGAGAUCCGUGUCCAGGAACGUGCGGUGUUCAGGCAACAUGCCUGGUGGUGAACCACAACCCCGUGUGUUCUUGCCCAGAGCGUUACACAGGGGAUCCAUUCGUCAGAUGUGAAAUGAUCAAAGAAGUAAUAGUGCCCACGAACCCUUGCCAACCGUCACCCUGCGGCCCGUACUCUCAAUGCCAAGUGGUAAAUAACAUCCCGUCCUGUACCUGUCUGCCCGAAUACGAAGGAAACCCGCCCAACUGCAGACCCGAGUGCAUCUCAAGCUCCGAGUGCCCCAGCCACCAAACGUGCGUUCGACAAAAGUGCAUGGACCCUUGCCCAGGUCUCUGUGGCGAAAGUGCAGAGUGUUACGUGACUUACCACAUAGCCAAUUGUGUCUGUCCGACCGGUUUCACGGGCGACCCAUACACGCGUUGCUCAGUAAUAAUUCGUGACCCGGAACCCUCACCCUGCGCCGAAGGUGUUUGCGGCACAAACGCAUUGUGCAGAGAACGAGACGGUGUCGGGAUCUGUUAUUGCCCCCCUGAAUACAUUGGCAACCCUUACGUAGGAUGUAGACCCGAGUGCGUCAUUAACCCUGAUUGCCCGUCCAGCAAAAUGUGUGUCAGAAACAAAUGCCAAGACCCAUGUCCUGGAACCUGCGGUCAGAAUGCCGAGUGUGCAGUCGUUAACCACCAACCCCUCUGCAACUGUAGACCCGGUUUUACUGGGGACCCAUUUGUCAUGUGUACCAUGGAUAUAAUAGUCCCGAAAGAGAACGUCUGUAGCCCGUCACCCUGUGGACCCAACAGCCAGUGCAAAGAGGUAUCUGGUCAGGCUGUGUGUUCCUGCCUGCCCACCUACGUUGGCACUCCACCUGCUUGUAGACCCGAGUGCGUAGCUAGCUCCGAGUGUCCCACCCAACUCGCCUGCCAGGAUUACAAAUGCGUGAACCCGUGCCCGAGCCCCUGUGGUUUCAACACCAAAUGCAUUGUGGUUAAUCACAGUCCUAUCUGUAGUUGUAUGCCAGGAUAUAGUGGAGAUCCGUUCACCACUUGUACACCAAUUCCACCUGCUAUGGUCCCUGGCCCAGUGGAGAAAGACCCGUGUGUACCAUCUCCUUGUGGUAAUUUCGCGCAGUGCAGGAAUGUCCGUGGUUCGGCUGCUUGUAGUUGCUUAGGAGGCUACAUUGGUCAACCACCCAACUGCAGACCCGAGUGCACGAUUAAUUCUGAAUGUCAGAGUGACAUGGCCUGUAUAAAUAUGAAAUGCAGGGACCCUUGUCCUGGUUCCUGUGGCUCCGGUGCCGUUUGCGCUGUCGUUAACCAUAUUCCCGUGUGUAACUGUCCCGAAGGUUUCACCGGGAAUCCAUUUACUCUGUGUCAAUUACUUCCAGCUACACCCACUCCAGCACCAGUAGAAGACGAAUGUACCCCAACACCCUGCGGUCCCAAUGCAGAAUGCUCGAAUGGUGUUUGCACCUGCCUGCCAGAAUUCCAAGGGAAUCCGUAUCUAGGAUGUCGACCCGAGUGUGUCCUAAACUCAGACUGCUCUCGUGACCGAGCCUGUUUGCGUAACAAGUGUAUGGACCCCUGUCCAGGAACUUGUGGUAUCAGUGCCAUUUGUACAGUUAUCAAUCACGUUCCGAUGUGCAGCUGUCCUGGGAACAUGACCGGCAACGCGUUUAGUCAGUGCACCCCUCUGCAAGAUAUGACACCCGUCAAUCCGUGUAGCCCAACACCCUGCGGACCUAACAGCGAAUGUCGCGUUGUGAAUGGUCAGGCAGUUUGCUCGUGCAUCAGAGGAUUCCUAGGAAGCCCACCCACGUGUAGACCCGAGUGCAUAGUGAGCACAGAUUGUCCGCAAAACGAGGCCUGUAGUAACCAAAGGUGUAUCGAUCCCUGCCCAGGAACUUGCGGAAUUGGAGCCCAGUGCAACGUUGUCAAUCACAAUCCCAUAUGCAGUUGCCCAUUGCGAUACACCGGGGAUCCAUUUGUCCAAUGCAUGCCCUUCCUGGAAGAACCAGUAGUAGACCCUUGCCAGCCAUCACCUUGCGGUCCGAAUUCCCAGUGUCAGGUCAUCAACAAUUCACCCUCGUGCUCGUGCAUGCCAGAAUUCACUGGCAGCCCACCAAAUUGUAGGCCCGAGUGUGUCAGCAACAGCGAAUGUCCUAGCCAGUUAGCAUGUAUCAAUCAGAAGUGUAAGGACCCUUGCAUAGGAUCCUGCGGAGCUAGUGCCAAUUGCCACGUUGUCAGUCACACCCCAAUGUGCACCUGUUUGAGUGGUUACACUGGUGAUCCGUUCACUCAGUGUGUCUUCAAAGAACCUACAAAUAUACUUACACCUGUCGAUCCCUGCAACCCAUCUCCUUGCGGUUCUAAUGCCAUUUGCAAAGAACUGAAUGGCGCAGGCUCGUGCACCUGUCUUUCAAAUUACAUCGGUAACCCCUACGAAGGAUGCCGACCAGAGUGCCUCCUGAACACCGACUGUCCUUCGAAUCAGGCUUGUAUGAACAACAGAUGCAGAAAUCCCUGCCCUGGAACUUGCGGUCGCAACGCUGAAUGUCACGUUAUCAAUCACUUGCCGGUAUGCGAGUGUUAUCCUAGGCAUACAGGCAAUGCUUUUGUCCUUUGUUCACCUAUUCAGCCAGAAAUCGGUCAAGCAAUCAGCCGUCCUUGCAAUCCAUCUCCCUGCGGACCUAACAGUCAGUGCAGAGCAAUCAAUGGACAAUCAGUUUGUUCCUGUCUACCCGAAUUCAUAGGCAGCCCACCAGCUUGCAGACCCGAAUGUACAGUAAGCGCCGAGUGCGCUUUCAAUCUUGCUUGUAUCAAUCAAAAGUGUAGCGACCCUUGUCCUGGAUCGUGUGGUUCCAACACUAGGUGUGAAACGAUUAAUCAUAGAACAAUAUGCUCAUGUCAGCCAGGAUUCACUGGUGAUCCAUUAGUUUCCUGUUUCGAUAUACCAAUGGACAAACCUGUACCAGUACCAUCGUACGUGAACCCAUGCGCACCCUCGCCAUGUGGACCCUAUUCAGAAUGUCGCAACAUAAAUGGACAGGCCUCGUGUGCCUGUUUAGCAGAUUACAUGGGUACCCCACCAAAUUGUAGACCAGAGUGCAUAAGAAAUUCAGAGUGCCCUAGCAAUCAGGCUUGUAUUCAGAAGAAGUGUCGUUAUCCUUGUGAAGGAGUCUGCGGUGUAGGUGCUCAGUGUUCAGUAAUCAAUCACACUCCAAUCUGUACAUGUCCUGAAGGAUUCUCCGGCGAUCCUUUCGUUAGAUGUUCAUUUGCUCCAGUACAAGAAGAGAGACCAGUGGAUUCGUGUGCCAAUUGCGGAGCUAAUACUCAGUGCCUCAAUGGAAUUUGCACUUGUUUACCGGAAUACCAGGGAGACCCGUACUUAGGCUGUCGACCAGAAUGUGUUCUGAACACAGACUGUUCCAGAGACAGAGCCUGCAUUAUGAAUAAAUGUAACGACCCUUGCGAUGGAACUUGUGGCCAGAAUGCUGUGUGUUCUGUCGUCAAUCAUAUUCCAGUUUGCACUUGCCCUCCAGGAACAUCCGGAAAUGCAUUUGUAGUUUGCUCUCCUCUUCAAGUAUUAACACCUAAAGACCCGUGCAACCCCUCGCCUUGCGGACCCAACAGUCAGUGCAGAAAGAUAAACGACCAAGCUGUUUGCUCUUGUAUUCCUGGUUAUCUAGACACACCACCGAAUUGUAGACCCGAGUGUAUUCUCAGUUCAGAUUGUCCAUCAAACAUGGCCUGCAACAACCAGAAAUGCGUAGAUCCUUGCCCAGGUACUUGUGGAAUCAGAGCCGAGUGCAUGGUCGUGAACCACAAUCCGAUCUGCAGUUGCUCUCCCGAUCUGACAGGCGAUCCCUUCUCGAUGUGCAUUAGAAAACCGGAAGAACCACAAGUUCUAAACCCAUGUGUCCCAUCACCAUGCGGUCCAAACAGUAGAUGCCAAGUCAUAAACAAUUCACCAUCUUGCUCGUGUUUGCCCGAAUUCCUCGGAUCCCCUCCAAAUUGUAAACCCGAGUGCAUCAGCAACAGCGAGUGCUCUACGCAUUUGGCAUGUAUCAAUCGGAAGUGUCGUGACCCUUGUCCAGGUUCCUGUGGCGCAAACGCCGAGUGCCGAGUGAUCAGUCACACACCGAUGUGUGUCUGCUCCUACGGUUUCGUUGGUGAUCCGUUUAUACAAUGCGUUUCAAGACCAGCUAUGGAAAACACUCAAGAGAAACCUACUCCGUGUGUACCAACACCCUGCGGGUCGAACGCGAUGUGUAACGAACUGAAUGGCGCUGCAUCCUGUAAAUGUCUUCCCGAUUACAUCGGCAAUCCCUACGAAGGCUGCCGACCAGAGUGCAUCAUCAAUUCUGAUUGCACAGCCGAUCAGGCUUGCGUUAACUCCAAGUGUCAGAAUCCUUGUCCAGGAUUCUGUGGCUACAACGCUGUCUGUCAGGUUGUCAAUCACGCUCCACUCUGCACUUGUCAAUUCAGUUACACCGGUGAUCCGUUCGUUCAGUGUAAUGUCGUCCAAGAAGCACCGAAACCAGCUGAUCCUUGCAGUCCAUCGCCCUGCGGUCUGAACAGUCAAUGUCGCGUAUCCAAUGGACAGGCUAUUUGUUCAUGUUUGCCCACAUUCGUCGGUACUCCACCAUUCUGUAGACCAGAGUGUACAGUUAGCUCGGACUGUGCUACAAAUCGCGCUUGCAAGAAUCGUAAAUGCGUCGACCCUUGUCCCGGAAUUUGCGGUAUCAAUGCGAGAUGCGAGGCGAUCAAUCAUAGUCCGAUUUGCAGCUGCAACGUUGGUCACACUGGUGAUCCGUUUGUGAGAUGUUUUAAACUUCAACCGAUGCCUGAAAGUGUAAACCCAUGCGUCCCAUCACCAUGUGGUCCCUUCUCUGUGUGUCGUGUGCUUGGUAACGCGGAAUUGCCAAGCUGCACGUGCAUGGACAAUUACAUAGGAACUCCACCGAACUGUCGACCAGAAUGUACCAUCGAUUCCGAGUGCACCAGCAACAGAGCUUGCCUGAGGCAAAAGUGUACGGAUCCCUGUCCAGGUUCCUGUGGCACUGGAGCUCAGUGUUUGGUCGUGAACCAUAUGGCUGUAUGUACAUGUCCAAAAGGAUACACUGGCGAUCCGUUUGUCAGUUGCUUCUUAGAAUCACCUCCAUCACCACCAGUUCCUCAAGACGCCUGUAACCCCUCGCCAUGCGGAUCGAACGCACUGUGUCGCAAUGGGGUGUGCUCUUGUUUGCCUGAAUAUCACGGUGACCCGUAUUACGGAUGUCGUCCAGAAUGCGUCCAAAAUCCAGACUGCCCACUGGACAAAGCUUGCAAUCGCAACAAGUGUUUCGACCCUUGCGCUGGCGCUUGCGGUCAAAGCGCUGAAUGCGUGGUAAUCAAUCAUACCCCCAUGUGUAACUGUCCGGAUGGCAUGUCAGGAAAUGCGUUCACCGCGUGUUAUCCAGCCAAAGACCCAGUGGUAGUAGAACCUUGCAACCCGUCACCUUGCGGUCCCAACAGUAGAUGCCAGGACAUCGGUGGACAGGCAGUUUGUUCGUGUGCCCCUGGUUACAUUGGAAACCCUCCCGCUUGCCGUCCAGAGUGUCUCGUUAACAGUGAUUGCGCGUUAAACGAGGCCUGUGUGAAUCUAAAGUGUACGGACCCAUGUCCUGGAUCUUGCGGAGUAUCGGCCCGUUGUCAAGUGGUGAAUCACAACCCAAUUUGCAGUUGUCCUCCUGUAUUCACUGGUGAUCCGUUCGUGCGAUGCUUCCCCAGACCGGAGGAACCCGUUCAACCAACAAAUCCAUGUCAGCCAUCCCCGUGUGGACCGAACGCAGACUGUCGAGUGAUUAAUAACUCUCCAUCCUGUUCUUGCAAGGCAGAGUUCGUUGGAACACCACCAAAUUGUAGACCCGAAUGUAUCAGUAAUAGCGAAUGCAGUGGCCAAUUGGCGUGCAUUAAUCGCAAGUGCCGAGAUCCUUGUCCAGGUUCCUGUGGCGCUAACGCAGAGUGCUAUGUUGUAAACCAUAUUCCAUCUUGUACUUGUAUGAGGGACUUUACAGGAGAUCCAUUUGUUCAGUGCACAGCUAAGCAACCGGAAACAAUGAUUCCAGCACGACCUUGUCAACCAUCCCCCUGCGGAGCUAACGCUAUUUGUCGAGAACAAAAUGGCCUUAGCUCUUGCACCUGCUUGCCCGAGUACGUCGGCAAUCCUUACGAAGGAUGUCGACCAGAAUGUACGAUUUCUUCGGAUUGUCCUUCGCAGUUAGCAUGUAUAAGAUCCAAGUGCCAGAAUCCUUGCCCCGGUUCUUGCGGUGCCAACACCAACUGUCAGGUCGUUAAUCAUCUACCUGUAUGCACUUGCAUUCCUCAAUACACCGGUGAUCCGUACGUCAAUUGCAUGUACAAGAUACCAACACUCGAAGAAGAAGAACGCGACGUGUGUAACCCAUCGCCAUGCGGUCCCAACAGCCAAUGCCAGAACGUCAAUGGCCAAGCUGUAUGCUCUUGCAUGCCUCAGUACAUAGGCACUCCACCUAAUUGCAGACCAGAAUGCGUAGUGAACUCAGAAUGCAAUUCCAAUCUCGCGUGCAUAAAUCAAAAGUGCAAAGAUCCCUGUCCUGGCACCUGCGGCCGUAACGCCCAAUGCAAAGUUGUCCAUCACAGUCCAAUUUGUAGCUGUGGUAGUGGCCUGACAGGAGAUCCAUUCGUUUACUGUUUCCCGGCUCCAAUACCUAAACCAGAUGACCGGUACCCGAAAGACCCAUGCGUUCCAUCCCCAUGCGGUCCAAAUGCAAUGUGCAAGGCUGUUGGAGACACGCCAGUCUGCACUUGUAUGAACAACUACAUCGGAGUACCCCCCAACUGUCGACCAGAAUGUUCUAUCAAUUCAGACUGCACAGCGAACAGAGCUUGCAUUCGAGAAAAGUGCAGAGAUCCUUGCCCUGGCUCCUGUGGCGUUGCUGCUUAUUGCACAGUUAUGAAUCACACACCAGCUUGCACUUGUCCUGAAGGAUACACCGGUGAUCCUUUCACCAGCUGUACCCCGAUACCUUCACCAUCUAUAACCGAAGCCCCGUCAGACCCGUGCAACCCAUCGCCAUGCGGACCAAACGCCCAGUGCGACAACGGUGUUUGCACUUGUGUACCCGGUUAUUUAGGUGAUCCUUACGCCAUUUGCCGUCCCGAAUGUGUUAUCAACACAGACUGUUCCCGAAACGAGGCCUGUAUACUUCACAAAUGUAGAAACCCGUGUGUAGGCACGUGUGGAGUGAACGCUGAGUGCAACGUAAUCAACCAUCUGCCUAUGUGCAGUUGUCCAAGAAACACGACAGGCAAUGCGUUCUUAUCCUGUAACCCUGUACAAGAAAUCAGUACCAUUGACCCGUGCAAUCCAUCACCCUGCGGUCCAAACAGUCAUUGUCGUGUCUCCAGCGGCCAAGCUGUUUGCUCUUGUAUUACCGGAUUCAAGGGAACUCCACCUUCCUGUAGGCCAGAAUGCGUCGUCAGCACUGAUUGUCCACGAGACAGAGCUUGCAGUAACCAAAAGUGUAUCGAUCCCUGUCUUGGUGCUUGCGGAUUAUCAACACAGUGUGCUGUGAUUAAUCACAAUCCUGUGUGCAGCUGUUUCGAACAGUACACGGGCGAUCCAUUUGUCCAAUGUGUCCCAUACACAAAAGAGCCAGAUGUUAUUGUGAACCCUUGUCAACCAUCACCGUGCGGUCCAAACGCCGUGUGUCAGGUGAACAAUAAUGCUCCCUCUUGUUCUUGCCUCCCUGAAUUCAUAGGAAAUCCACCAAAUUGUAAACCCGAAUGCGUAAGCAACACCGAGUGUCCAGCACAACAGGCUUGCAUCAAUCAAAAGUGUAGAGACCCUUGCCCUGGCUCCUGUGGAAGUAACACCGAAUGUAGAACCAUUAGCCACACUCCCAUGUGUACUUGUGCCACUGGUUUCACCGGGAAUCCAUUCAUACAGUGCCUUCCUCAACCAAUUGAAGACAUUCCACAGAAAGUAAAUCCAUGCCAGCCAUCUCCUUGCGCGGCUAACGCUGUCUGUCGCGAAUCUUAUGGUUCAGCUAUUUGUACUUGUCUGCCCGAUUUCUAUGGAAAUCCAUACGAGAACUGUAGACCCGAAUGUCUCAUCAAUUCAGACUGUCCAUUUAACCGAGCAUGCAUAAGAAACAAGUGUCAAGACCCUUGUCCAGGAACGUGUGGAUUCAACGCUGUAUGUCAGGUCGUUAAUCACAUCCCAGCAUGCAGCUGUCAAUUAGGAUACACCGGAGAUCCCUUCAGAUACUGUAAUCUGUUUGAACAGCCUUUCGAACCAAAUCCUACCGACCCAUGUGACCCAUCACCCUGCGGCCCCAACAGCCAAUGUCGCAACGUCAAUGGUCAAGCUAGCUGUUCUUGCUUGUCUACGUUCAGAGGCACUCCUCCAAGGUGCAGACCAGAGUGUGUAGUUAGCACGGAAUGUGCUAGCAACAUGGCUUGCGUGAAUCAAAAAUGCGUUGAUCCCUGUCCUGGUGUCUGUGGAAUAAGCGCUAGAUGCGAGACCUUCCAUCAUAGUCCCAUUUGUAGCUGUAAUCCUGGUCAGACAGGAGAUCCAUUCGUUAAAUGCUUCGAUGUCACCACCAUGGUUCCGUUGGUUCCUGCGAAUCCCUGCGUACCAUCACCCUGUGGACCAUUUUCACAAUGCCAAGACAUAGGAGGUAUUUCCUCCUGUUCUUGUCUACCGAAUUACGUCGGUUCGGCUCCGAACUGUCGCCCAGAGUGUUCCAUUAACUCAGACUGUACCAGCGAUAAGGCAUGCAUUCGAGAAAAGUGCAGAGACCCGUGUCCAGGAUCUUGUGGAGCUAAUGCGUUCUGUAACGUUAUCAGUCAUACGCCGAUUUGCACUUGUCCCAGAGAUUACACGGGUGAUCCUUUCACCAGUUGUCGUCCAAUGCCCACACCUAUCCUUCCAGUACCAUCAGACCCAUGCAACCCCUCACCCUGUGGACCAAACGCAUUAUGUCAGAACGGAAUCUGUAGCUGUAUAAACGAAUAUCAUGGCGAUCCUUAUCAAGGAUGUCGACCAGAGUGUGUACAAAAUUCUGACUGUACUUAUGACAGAGCUUGCUCCAACAACAAAUGCGUGAACCCUUGCACCGGAAUCUGCGGUCAGAACGCCGAAUGCAUGGUUGUGAAUCACAUCCCCACGUGCAGUUGCGUGGAAAAUCACGAAGGCGAUCCAUUUACCCUCUGUAAACCGAUCCGAAAACGUGUGAAACCUUGCGAACCCUCACCCUGCGGACCGAACAGCAUUUGCCGCGAAUAUGGUGAGCAAGCUUCCUGUUCCUGCCUCCCUGGAUACUUUGGAACUCCACCCAGCUGCAGACCCGAGUGCCUCGUGAACUCUGACUGCGAACAGAGCAGGGCCUGUGUGAACGAGAAAUGCCAGAAUCCUUGCGAAAACGCUUGUGGUCAGGGUGCAUUGUGUACCGUACGAAACCACAACCCCAUUUGUAGCUGUCCUCCUCAGUAUUCAGGUGACCCAUUCAUCAGCUGCUUCCCUAUGAAAACGCAGGACGAGGAACCCAGCCAGGACCCAUGCAAACCCUCAUCGUGUGGACCAAACUCCCAAUGCACAGUGUCGCCAGACAAUAAAGCCUCCUGUUCCUGUUUGCCCGAGUUCGUAGGCUCUCCUCCCACCUGUAGACCCGAAUGUCUCGUGAACAGCGAGUGCCCUGGCAAUCAAGCCUGCGUUAGACAGAGAUGUACCGAUCCCUGUACAGGACUGUGCGGCACUAAUGCUCUCUGUCAAGUUACCCUGCAUUACAUCCGUUGCGUGUGUCCCGAGGGAUACACCGGAGACCCGUUCACAGUUUGUUCCGUGACCAACAUCACACCUGCACCACCAACGCCAUCGAGACCUUGCAGUCCUUCACCUUGCGGCAUCAACGCCUAUUGUAGGGAAAGGUACAAUACAGCAUACUGCGAGUGUCUGCCUGAUUACAGAGGAAAUCCGUACGAAGGUUGUCAACCGGAAUGUCUGGUCAAUACCGACUGUCAAAAAUCACAAGCUUGUAUCAGGACCAAGUGCCAGGAUCCUUGUCCUGGCACGUGUGGCGUUGGAGCGAUCUGUACUGUAUCCAAUCACAUCCCUAUCUGUUCUUGUCCUGCUCCUACCAUCGGAGAUGCGUUCACCCUUUGUCAAGCACUCCCUGAAGUUCCAAAGGAAAGAGAUCCUUGUUCACCGUCACCGUGUGGUCCAAACACCAUCUGCGAGAAGAUCGGCGACAAUGCAGCGUGCAAGUGUCUGCCUGGCCUACAAGGAAUCCCAUCGAGUAUCACUGGUUGCCACCCAGAAUGCGUGAUCAGUUCAGACUGUUCAGGAGACAAGGCUUGCAUCAACAACAAAUGCAUCAACCCCUGCACCCAGAACGUCUGUGGAAUCAAGGCAAACUGCAAGGCGAUCAAUCACAGUCCACUUUGUAGCUGUCCAUCUCCCUUGAUUGGCAAUCCAUUCGAAGAAUGCUACACGAAAAUUGGUAUUUAAAACAUAAUCAUAUUUAUUUAAUUUUACGUAUCGAAACAUGCUGUGCUAUAACUUAACGAUUCCUUUCCAGAAACUGACCCCUGCAAUCCAUCACCGUGCACUUACAACGGUGAAUGCAAAGUUAAGAACGGCAUUGCAAUAUGCAUUUAUCCAGAAUGUGUCAUCAAUUCUGAUUGUCCACGAGACAAGGCCUGUUUCGCCCAGAAAUGCAGGGAUCCUUGCAUCGGUGCCUGUGGAAUCAACUCGCUUUGUCAGACAGUCAACCACAAGCCAGUUUGCUCGUGUCCAUCUGGUUUCACUGGCAACGCUAGGAUCCAGUGCACCAUCCCAACAGUUGAAGAACCGACCCCGGAAUGUACCCAAAAUUCUGAAUGUCCAAACGAUAAGACCUGUUACAAUCAGAAAUGCGUCGAUCCUUGCACCCUUGAUUCCUGUGGCUAUAACAGUCGGUGCCACGUGCAACUGCACCGGGCUGUAUGCGUCUGCAACGAAGGUUUCACUGGCAAUCCUCAACAGUACUGUCGCGAGCUUGGAUGUCGCAGUGAUAGCGAUUGUCCAUUGACCCAAUCCUGCAUCAACAACGAAUGCCUGGAUGCAUGCUCAGUGACACAGUGUGGUAUCAACGCACUUUGUUCGUCCGACGGAUAUCACAGACCACGAUGCUAUUGUCCUGAAGGAUACCUGGGUAACCCGUAUCAGAGAUGCGAGAGACCAGAGUGCACUAAUGACAACGAUUGUCCUUCUUCAUUGGCGUGUCGCGACUUGAAAUGCGUGAACCCUUGCGACUGUCCACUUUCAGCGCAGUGUUCUGUGAUUAACCAUCGUCCUACGUGUCGAUGCCCACCAGGUUACACUGGUGAUCCAUACAAGUCUUGUCUAAUGGAACCGAUAGAACCACAACCUCAGUGUCAGGUGGAUGGAGACUGUCCCAGUAAAUUGGGUUGUUUCAAUGGAAUCUGUAAAGACCCUUGCAUGGAAACGAAACCUUGUAUUGCUGGUGCAAAAUGUUCUGUAGUGGACACUUUGCCUAUGAGAACUAUGGUCUGUGAAUGUUUACCGAAUUUCGCUGGCGAUGCAACAGUAGCUUGCAUUCCAGUGGAUAAACAAAUCGAAGCAAUCUGCAAAGCUGACACUGAGUGCACUUCGAAUUUGGCGUGCUUGAACGAGCGGUGCAUCAACCCGUGCAUCAUCAGUCCAUGUGCAUCGAACGCGGACUGUUCUGUUGACAAUCAUUACCGUCAGUGUCAUUGCUCUCGAGGAACGGCCGGUGAUCCAUUCGUAAAUUGUUACAGAGACACUGAUUCGUUCCCAGAGUGCAUAAGGAAUACCGAUUGUGCACCCAACGAGGCCUGCAUAAACGAACUAUGUCAAAAUCCGUGUGUCAGUACUCAGUGUGGAUUGAACGCAGAAUGUAUCACUGUCAAUCAUCAUCCAACUUGUCACUGUCAACAGAACUUUGCCGGUGAUCCUCAAAUGCAAUGUUUCAGACCCGAGUGCAAGUCAGACAGCGACUGUCCUUACGACAAGACCUGUCAGAACAACAACUGUGUCACUCCAUGCUUGGUCGGAGACAUUGCAUGUGGUCGCGGUGCAGAGUGCAUUGCAAUUUCGCACAGAGCACAAUGCGUUUGCCCUAAAGGCACCCAGGGUGACCCUCGAAUCGCAUGCAUUUCCGCGGUUUGUCAUUACAACGAAGACUGUGCUGAUCACGAAGCCUGCGACAGACUGAACAGAGUUUGUCGACCUGUUUGCGAAGAUGACACUUGCGCCGAAACCGCCCAGUGCAUCGCUAGAGACCAUCAACCGAGAUGCAGUUGCCCUGUAGGAACUGUUGGAAAUCCUUACGUCGAAUGCACUGGUGUGGCCAUCGAAGUGGAGUGCAAAGAGGAUAGCGAAUGUCCACCAUCUUUGGCAUGCAUCAAUACAAAAUGUCAAGAUCCUUGUCUGUCCUCGAACAUGUGCACUGGUGAGCAAGAAUGCAAGGUAUUGAACACGGUACCACUUCGAACAAUGAUUUGUAGCUGUCCACCGAAUACCAUCACUGACAUCAAUGGACUGUGCAAGAAAAUUGUGUUAGAAGAUGUCAAGUGUCAUCAAGAUCAGGAUUGCAAUGAUUCGGAUAAAUGUAUCGAUGGAACUUGCAUUGAGGCUUGUCUUACCACUCAGUGUGGUUUUAAUGCACAAUGCAAAUCUACGUCCCACACAGGAAUCUGUCAAUGCUCGUCUGAUUUCACCGGCAAUGCUUACAUCGAGUGCAUCAGACUUCCUAUAGUGCCACUACCACCAGUUCGUCCAGAAUGUUACGCUAACAGCGAGUGUCCAAAUGACAAACAAUGCAUCAACGCUCUUUGCGUGAAUCCAUGCGUUGUUGAAGACACCUGCGGCAGAAAUGCCUUGUGUUACGUGGAUAAUCAUAAUCCAGUUUGCAGAUGUCCUGCUAACUAUGUUGGUGAUGCGAGAAUCAAUUGUGUACCACCGGAAAUUGUGGCCGAGUGCACUUCGAAUAGCGAAUGCGCGGGCAAUGCUGCAUGUGUCAAUAACUUGUGCAUCAACCCGUGCAAUUGCGGUCCAAACGCAAAAUGCAACGUCGUCGAUCACUAUCCAUCCUGCUCCUGUCCACCUGGAUAUUCUGGAAAUCCUCAAUUGGGUUGUUUCAAACUGGAUUGCGAGUCGGACAGCGAAUGCAACAACGCAGCCACCUGUUACAACGGCCAAUGCGUGAAUCCUUGUAUUCUGGAGAACAAAUGUGCAAUCAAUGCAGAAUGUUACGGUCAAAAGCAUCGCGCCGUUUGUCGCUGCGGUGCAGGCUACCUCGGCAAUCCGGAAGUGCAUUGCGAGAGGGUCGAGUGCAGCGCUGAUUACGACUGUCCUCGAAAUCUCGCCUGCAGCAGCGGACGCUGCAUAAAUCCGUGCAUCGAAGAUUCACCGUGUGCUCAGAAUGCUGUCUGCUACGUUCAAGAUCACCUGGCUACUUGUCGCUGUCCCGAGAACAUCCCUGCUGGAAAUCCCUAUUCCUACUGCGAGCAUCGUCCAACGACACCACUUGACGAGCCAGAAUGCAGAAUCGACAUCGAGUGCGCCGACAAACUGGUGUGCAUCAAGAACAAAUGCAUCGAUCCAUGCCCGGUUAUUAAACCAUGUCUGGAGAACGCACGAUGCAAUGUUCUUGAUACGCUUCCAGUGAGGACCAUGACCUGCACUUGUCCAGAAGGCUGGACCACUGACAUCGAUGGUGUUUGCAGACCAAUUCAAAUAGCAGUCAUCGGUAGCUGUACAACGAACGACGAGUGUAGCGAUAAAGAUGCCUGCAUCAACAGACAAUGCAGAAACCCAUGCAACUGCGGUACCAACGCUGCCUGCUAUGUCAGAAACCACAAACCGAUCUGUUCUUGCGAGGAAGGCUACCAAGGCAACCCAGACAUCGCCUGCUACUCCGUAGAGUGCAGACGAGACAGUGAAUGCGCUUUGGACAAGAUUUGCGUGAACAACAACUGCGUCGAUCCUUGCCUAGUGUCCGAUAAUUGUGGCGUGAACGCCGAAUGUUACCCUAACAACCAUAAAGCCGACUGUCGUUGCCGUAAGGGUUAUCACGGAAAUGCUCUGGAUCGCUGCAAAGUGAUAGGGUGCUAUAGCAAUGGCGACUGUCCCGGCGAUCACUCUUGCAUCAACAUGCAAUGCAUCAACCCAUGCGUCCAUAGCAACCCUUGUUCACCGCGUGCCGAAUGCAGAGUCUUCAACCAUCUGCCAAUCUGUCGUUGCCCGUCUCAGCACACAGGCAAUCCUUACGUGAAUUGCAAACCGGAAGAGAGACCAGAGUGCAAGGAAGACGGAGACUGUCCAGAUUCGCUGGCCUGCUUUAACAACAAAUGUCAGAAUCCAUGCUCUGUGAUCCAACCAUGCAGCGAACCAUCGGAGUGCAGGGUGCUACCGACUUACCCUGUUCGCACGAUGGUUUGCGUGUGUCCUAGUGGCUAUGUAAGCAGCGGAAGUGGACUCUGCAAGGCCACCAAGCCGAUUCUAGAGGUCGAAUGUACCAGAGACAGCGAUUGCCCAUUGGACAAAUCUUGCGUGAACGCUGUAUGUAAGAAUCCUUGCGCCUGCGGACCAAACGCAGAAUGCAGCGUCGCGAAUCACAAGCCAAUUUGUUCUUGUAUUUUGGGUUACGAUGGAAAUCCUGACGUAGUGUGUACCAAGGUCGCCGGAUGUCGCACGGAUGGAGAUUGCAGUGGAUCACACGCUUGCAUACAGCACAACUGCGUUUCAGUGUGCUCGCCGUCCCUGUCCACUUGUGGAAAAGGCGCAGAAUGUCAUGGCAUCAAUCACAAGGCCAUCUGUGAAUGUCCACCUGGCUAUGGAGGUAAUCCAAGAGCGGCCUGUGUUCUUCUUGGUUGCAGGACCAACUCGGAUUGCCCGACGAACAAGGCUUGCGUCAACAAUCGAUGCGAGAAUCCUUGUGCCGUGAAUCCUUGCACCGGGAACAUGGACUGUAACGUGUACAACCAUGUGGUCGAGUGCGCUUGCCCUCCUGGUUACAUCGGUGAUGCCAAACUGGGAUGCACCAAAUUGACAGAGAAAUGCAAGGCAGACAACGAGUGUCCAUCUCAAACCGCCUGCUUCAAUGGCGAAUGUAUUAAUCCUUGCGUGAAAAUCGAGCCUUGCGGAGUGAAUGCGGACUGCAAAGUCCUGGAUACAACUCCUGUGAGGACUAUGAUAUGCGAGUGCAUUCCUGGUUACAGAGGAAACGCGGUUGUUCAUUGUGAAAAAACUAAUGUAUGUCCAGUGGAGAAGGGUCAGAUCCUUGAUGAAUAUGGCAAUUGUAUCUGUCCACCUGGAACGGCUAAGGACGAGAGCGAAGUGUGCAUACCUUGCCACAAACAAACUGGAAUGAUCAUUAACAACGAAGGAUAUUGCGUGUGUGCUUUGGAAAAUGGCAUGAUCAUCGACGAAUAUGGACGGUGUGUCUGUCCAACGCAACACGGAUACAGACUAGACGGCAAUGGAUAUUGUAAAUUAGCCGACAUAAUUGAAUGCAAACACGACGACGACUGUGCUGACAAUAGAUUCUGUGACAAAACCAGUCAAACCUGCGAAGAUCCUUGUAUGAGCCAACUGUGUGGCUCGUAUGCAUUUUGCAAUGCUACUCGACAUCAAGCUAUCUGCAUAUGCAUCAACGGCUACAUUGGAAAUGCUUACAAACAAUGCUGUGACAAAAACCGAUGGCGAACCGAUUUUCCAAAACCAGAAAUGGUAGUCAGCUGCUUGUCGGAUGGAGUGCAGGUCGAAAUACAUCUUCACGACCAAGAGUUUGAUGGAGUACUAUAUGUUAAAGGUCAUAGUAAGGACGAACAAUGCAGAAGAGUUGUUUCUAUUCCUGUAGAAACGAUGCACAAGACCGAGAUAUUCAAAGUGGCAUUUGGAAAUUGUGGAUUGAUACACGUGAACGGACAAGCUAGCUUUGUACUGGUCAUACAAAAGCACCCGAAAUUGAUGACAUACAAGACCCAGGCUUAUCACAUCAAAUGUAUAUAUCAAACAGGAGAACAAAAUGUCACUCUUGGCUUUAAUGUCUCCAUGUUAACAACCGCUGGAACCAUCGCCAAUACUGGUCCACCGCCAGUCUGUUUGAUGAAGAUCGUCACUCAAAAUGGAAACGAAAUUAACUCGGCCGAAAUUGGAGACAACCUAAUGUUGCAGGUCGAAGUUCAGCCGUCAACUAUUUACGGUGGAUUUGCUCGAAAUUGCGUGGCUAAAACGAUGGAAGACAAUUUGGAAAACGAGUACAUAGUAACAGACGAGAAUGGUUGUGCGACAGACCCAACGAUAUUUGGCGAAUGGGAACAGAACCCUGAAACACAGACGCUGAUGGCCAGCUUCAACGCAUUCAAGUUCCCAAGCAGCAACAAUAUUCGAUUCCAGUGCAAUAUCCGUGUAUGCUUCGGUCGCUGUCAACCUGUAAACUGUCGAGGAUACAAUGCGUUCGGUCGUCGCCGACGAGACGUUGAUUCCGAAACGAACGACACUUCUUUGAGCAUCGCAGACAACUACGAAGGUCAACUUCGAGAAGAAAUAACAAUCCAGUCGAAUCUGAUAUUCACUCUGGAAAGGAGAGAAGAGAGGUUUACAGCAGAUCCAACUGAAAUUGCUUCAGCUCAAAGAGUGGAAGACAUUUGUGUAUCUAUGGUCGGCUUUGUGAUAGCAUUAGUAAUUACAGCACUGCUGGCACUAGUAGCUGUAGCUAUUGCUGUCUCCUGCUGGCUAAUGGCGUAUCGUCGCCAGCCAAAGACUGCUGGACCACUGCCACACCCACCAGAGUUCCCAAAUCCAUUGUUCACUACUGAAUCUGUAGCUGAACCAUCUCCUGACUAUCAUCUAUCAUAAGUUUUCUAGGAUAAUUAUUAUUUUAUAACGUAAUUUUAUAAUUGUCAAUGAAAUGCAGUACAGACCAGUUUCAUCCAGCUGGUCGGUCUUGUAUUUCUGUAAACAACUCCUCCAGCGACUAGUCUUCCAUACUUUUUCUUCUCUCGAGGGUUCACAAUCUGAGCGCGUCGAAUAUGUUCGCUGCUGUAUACUCUGUACUCUGAAUUUUCGAUCUAAAUAGAUAUACGUAUAGAUAUAUUUACUAUUUAUGGUGAUGGUUUGCUUCCAUUAUCUACGUACACGAGAAACCUUGUCUUCCUAUGUAUGUAAGUACCUUACCUUUUGUUCUCUUCUGUUCUGUUCUGUUCUGUUCUCCACUUCUUUUAGUCACUGGAGGAUUUGUUCAGCGUAACACUGCGAAUUUAAUUUCCGUGUAAAGUCGAACGAAUUAGUCUAAUAUAGCUUUCUUACUUCGAUAGUAGGUAACUGUACAUUUUAUCUAAUAAAACGCUAAUGUAAUAUUUUUAAAGUGGUCUCC